UAUAUACACCAGCAGGCUGCAGGUCUUAGCUUCUAACUUCAAGUGGAUCAGCACUGAGGACAGCUCCAGACAUAUUCCUGGCUCAGAUACAACAUGGCACAGACUCACCUGCAAGGAGUUGAAAUCUCUGCUACACAGUUUCUUGAAAUCUGGCGUCACUAUGACACUGAUGGUGAAUAUAUACCUUCAUUCUAAAUAGACUACUUACAUUUCAUUUAAAAAAAAGAAAAAACUACCUUCUAUCUAGCAAGUAACCCUUUCACUGCCAGUCUGAAGUGAUGCCCUGGCACUGAAAGCCAUUUAUUAAUCACAUUUUUAAUUAUCAAUAGUGUUUUUUUUUUUUUUUUCUUAAUUAUUAUUUAUAUAUAUUUAGGUUUUUUGUUUGUUUGCUUUUUUUUUUUGCUCAACUCUGUAACAAGCAUUUGCAGAGCGAUCCUUUUCUUUGUGUGGCUGAGCGUUAAAUGUGUUAAAUCUCUACCUCCAACCCAAACUCAGAGGGCAGGAUUGCAGCCAUUAACCCAUUAGUAGGACGCUGAGCUGGCCAGUUCUACUUUUGUCGCUGUGUGUGUGUUUUGCAGGACUGGAAUCUCUCCUGUUAUAAAGUAUCAAUGUUGGUUUCUGAUUGCAGGGAAUGGAUUCAUUGAAGGCAAAGAGCUGCAGAACUUUAUUGAGGAGCUUCAGCAAGCCAGGAAGAAAGCAGGACUGGUAUGUGAUUCUCUCUUCUAGUAAAAGAAAAAUGCAAAUUCUGCACUGCUUUCCAUGAACCAGCUGUCAGUGCAGGAUCUAUACACUAUCCUUAACCCCAACCUUGCCAGAUGAACUUGGAAUGCAUUAUUAUGUAUAUUAUCCUGGCAUCCAAGGUGUCUGUUUCAGUAUCUCCCUCUUUAUCACUUGUUGUGUUCUGAUCAUCUCUGCUUCCAAUGGAUGUACUAAAACCUGUAAUCUGCUUCUUAUUAAGUAAUUCAGUGAGUGUCUGGGGGUGCCACUGAUACAAUGCUGCAUAUUGGCAGGCUGAUUGCAGCCAGCAAAGCAGACUUAACUCUGCAUCGAUUAAAGAAUUACCAGCAGCAUUUACUUUAAGUAUACAAUGUCACCAGAUUACAUCUGACAUAGCAGUACCCAGAAUGUAUUCCUCAGCCCAGAGGUUGAAAUAAAGCUACACAGAAUAUCUGAUGACAUAUAUUUUCCGUGAAUAUUUGUUUCAUUGUAUUAACCUUAUUUUAUUUAACCAAUUUGUCACCACUCUUUGUGAACAAAAGGUUGAAACACGUUUGAGACUCAAAGGGUUAAAUAGUUUACUUGAAUAUUCAACUGAAAUAAUCCCAAUUCAUGAAUUUUAUGUCAGAUUGUAGUUGUACUUGAACAAAAUGAUUAAAUAUCGAUUAGUAAAGUUAUAUAGAUUGCAUUUAUGCAGUACUGCUUCUGAAAUGCCAUUUUAGAUUUUCCAGUUUGUAAACUCAAUAUUGUUAGAAAUAAGCUAUUCCAUUGCUGUUAAGAUCUCACAUUAUAUACCAAAGUAUUUGUAUUGUGGCUUUUAAAGUUCUGAUUAGACUUUAUUACUUUCAAUGCAAUUAUAAGAUGUUACACUGUACAUCUAUGGAUAGACAGACAGAAAGAGAGAUGAAGACAGAGAGAGAGAGAGAGAGAGAGAGUGUGUGUGUAACAGAGAGAGAUAGAUGGAGAUAAAGUAAGAGUAUGUGCAAGAGAGAGAGAGAUGGAAAGUGUGUGUGUGUGAGAGAGAAUGUGUAUGUGAAAGGGAGAGACUAUAUGAGAGAGAGACAGAGAGAGUGUAUAAGAGGAGAGAGAGACAGAGAGAGACUGAUAAAUAGAAUGUAUGAGAGGAGAGAGAGACAGAGAGAGACUGAGAGAGAGUGUAUGGAAGAGGAGAGAGAGAGACAGAGAGAGAAUAAGAGAGAGAGUGUAUGGGAGAGAGACAGAGACUGAGAGAGAGUGUAUGAGAAAGAGGAGAGAGAGUGUAUAAGAGAGAGAGUGAAUGGGAGAGAGACAGAGAGACUGAGAGAGAGGAGACAGGGUGUAAAAGAGAGAGAGUAUAUGGGAGAGAGACAGAGAGACUGAGAGAGAGUGUAUGAGAGAGAGACAGAGAGACUGAGAGAGUGUGUAUGAGAGAGGGGAGAGAGACAGAGAGAGACUGCGAGAGUGUGUAUGAGAGAGGAGAGAGAUACAGAGAGAGCAUGAGAGAGAGUGUAUGGAGGGGAGACAGAGAGACUGAGAGAGAGUGUAUGAGAGAGAGGAGAAAGGGUGUAUAAGAGAGAGAGUGUAUGGAAGGGAGACAGAGAGACUGAGAGAGAGUGUAUGAGAGAGAGGAGAGAGGGUGUAUAAGAGAGAGAGUGUAUGGGAGAGAGACAGAGAGACUGAGAGAGAGUGUAUGAGAGAGAGACAGAGAGACUGAGGGAGUGUGUAUGAGAGAGGGGAGAGAGACAGAGAGACUGAGAGAGAGUGUAUGAGAGAGAGACAGAGAGACAGUGAGAGGAUGAGAGAGAGUAUGUGGGAGAGAGACAGAGAUACUGAGAGAGAGUGUAUGAGAGAGAGGACAGAGAGUGUAUAAGAGAGAGAGGAUAGGUGUCUAUAAUUAGUGAAGCAAAAUAAUAAGAUCAAUAAUAAAGUGAAUAAAACUACAUGUACAAUCACACACUAUAAGAUGCGUAUUAUAACGCUCCACAUGCAUGGCUACUUUAUAAUGCACUGGUAGCCUCAGAUUGUUUUAUAAAGUUUAUGUGCAAAAUAUUGCAAAGCAAUGCAGUAGGGGAAUGGUUUUUUGGUUUGUGUAACCUUGCAUUGUGACCUCUCCACUGAUGCACUGAUGCAGUAGGUGCCGCAGUAGCUACAAGCUGGUUCUGAUUAUAUACUCUAUAUGAAAUAUACUGUGCAGUUAAAAGAGAAAUAAUAUAAUGUGUGCAUCUGUUUGAUUGUGAUUAUUGUUUUUAAAUUGACUCUUGUUAACAUUAUUGUGUGAUUUUUAAUUUUAAAAAAAUGGGUGACUUUGGUCUUAUAUAAAAAGUGCAACACUUACAUGUGUAUUGGCAAAACUAACAGUUUUCAUUUGCAUUUUAAAAAGGGGGUCAUUUUGGGUGACGCAAAGGUUAAAAUAUAGUCUGUAUAACUGGCAAUUAUAAAACGAGUUUUGUAUAUAAAAAAAAAUAAAAAAAAUAAAAGUACAUAGUUCAGGUCAGCAAACUAACUACUGAAGUACUGCAGCAUGUAUCUAUCAUAACACUAUGCUGAUUGUCGACUGAAGGAGAUGCUUCAAAGUGAUUGGAUACCAUCAGUUAAUAUACAUUUCAGAAGUGCCAGUGAAGCUUAGAUGUUCAUAUUUGUCUGAGAAAUAUGAUUCAAAGGUGCACACGUAUAUGAUGAGAGCAUUUGGCUGCAUGGGUGGCCUUGAUGAUUAAUUCAAAGUUUGAGAAAUGAGGUUCCUUCAUCCAUAUUUUUCUUUAAUCUUUGUCUACCAGGUGGCCUAUUCCAGUUACAUAUACUCUUUAUGAAGAGGUUAUUAUAAGGGGCUUUGCAACAGUAAGAAAUGCAAUGUUAAAAGGGAAUAGUCAGAGCUGGAAGGAGAAGGACACAAUAGAACCUUCUGAAAUAUUGCAACUAGGUUUCGGAACAAAGCAUUCUAUCUUGAUAAUACCCAGAUCAGGAAAUAACCAUUCAAUUCGAAACCAGUGACAUGUAAUAAUGUAAUUAGAUUUCCAUUAUGCUAAGGUCAAAUGAAAUGCUGCGUAUAAAAAUACAAUUUAUAUUCAAAUGCCAAAACAAUUUAGGUUAUAAUAAAAAAUAGAAUAACUUUAUUUUGCUGAGUACACUGCAUAUCUUGAAUUUGCUGAAAAAGCACCAUUAAUGAUGGGGGUAUUUCACUAAACAGCCAAAGAGAAAUUACACCAUGCCAAUUUGGGUCAAACAUUAUUCAGUUUACGUACCAAUUUACCAUAAUUCCCUGGUUAAUUCCACUAUUAAUUUAAAGGAACACUAUAGUCUUUACAUUACAAGGAUGAUCUUGCUCACUUUUUUUGCAACACUGCGCAGGUCUUGCAGCGGCUCGACCCGCCUUGCCCCACCUUCAUGGCUUAUGAUCUCCACCAAUUCAAUGCUUUCUCAUAGAGAAGCAUUGGGAGGCAACUGUGCAUUUGCGUCAAAACACUGCGCUGUGCCAAUCAACAUCUCCUAAUAGAAAUGCAUCAAAUCAAUGCAUAUUUAUGGGGAGCAUUCCGCACCUCCAUGCAGAUCGUGGAGUCAUUGAAUACCUGGACUAGAAAGCACCUCUAGUGGCUGCCUGAGUGACUGAGUGCCUAAAAGGCUGCAGGGACAUUCUGUAGACACCAGAACUACACUAAGCUGUAGUUGUUCUAGAGACUAUAGUGUCCCUUUAAACAUGUUUGAGCAUGGUUGUCAUUACCUCUUUUCUUUGCCAACAUUAUUUUGUUUGUCAAUUACUUUUGUUUUAUAUCUCCACUGUUUUAUCCUGUAAAUACGUAAAACAUGUUAGCACUAUAUACAUGGUUUAUGAACCACAAUUCCCCAUUUAGUAAAUUAAUGUGAGAUUAAUUCCUUACUCAGUGUGUGGCACAAGAACUCGUUUGCAUGCUACUGCUACUGCAUUUUUUUAAAAAUUGUUUGUGUGCAAUAAAUAAUAUUAAAAUAGUUUUUCUGAUAUAAUCAUCUAUUAUUAUUUCAGGAUUUAUCAGACAAAAUGAAGGCCUUUGUGGAUCAAUAUGGGCAGAAGAGUGAUGCCAAGAUUGGGAUAGUAGAGGUAGGUUUUGAAUUACACAGACGAGUUGUGGGAAUAAUAUAUAUACGGUAAUGGUUCAACUAUCAAAAUGUCUUUUUAACAUGUUUUAUAGCUGUAGCUAUCUAACAAUUGGAGAAGAGUAAUUCAAAUAUCCCCAAAAGCCAUUUUCAGUUUCACAUCUGCUAUGUUAAAAUUUGCUAAAAACUGUUAAACCACUGAUUUAUUUUUGUGAAAAAUUAUAUAUAUAUAUAUAUUUCUUUUUGCUGGAGUGUUAUAAUUAAUUUAUGAAUCCAUGCUUUGGAAGAUCAGUUUUGUAUCCCGGCUAUAGAUCAAUAUUUUAAAAAAAAUGAGUAAAGAAAUAGCACCAAUGACCCUGAUUUUACCAAAUCUUGUAUAUCUGGUUCUUGGGAACUAACCAGUUUGAGAAAUCUUGCAAAUCUAUUUUUGCAUCAGCAGCCAAUGUUUACAAUUUAACAUUAACACCUUAAGGGUGGAGGCAGUUGUUCUAGGGCAAGUUCUGACCAAAACCUAGAGUUUGAGCUAUAUGUCUGUUCAACCAUAAUUUACCUUUUUUACGUUACGUGCAGCCCGGUUAUUAUGUAUCAUUUUGUUCAGGAGAAACAAAAACACCAAAAAAAAUUCACAUCAAAUAUUAAUAUAUAAAACUUAAUUUAAUAUGAAUACAAUUUUAAAAAGUGUGAGAAAUUUAGAUAUUUGUUCUAUCUAUCUAUCAUCCCAUCCUAACAGUGUUAAAGGCCUCCUUUACGUACUUUCUUCUUUUUUUACCCAAUACACCCCUACAUUCUUUUUUUGUCGUAGUGUAGUAAGAACCAUUACGGACUAUCAAAGUGUGAACCAGACUCAAAGUGAUUAAGACCUCUUCUCAUGUUACUCAUUACUUUUUACCUAACCCAAGGUAUAGGAAACCUUAGUUACUCCAGGUUUUAUGGACUACAUGAUGCUCUUACAGCUAUGAUGCUUGUAAAGAAUCAGGAGGGAUGUAAUCCAGAACAUCUGGAGUGUUGAAGGUUGCCUGCCCCAGGGUUAACUCCUAGGAGCUAUCGAGAAACUUACAUAAAUUUUUUUAGUUUAGGCUUAGCUUUUCAAAUGAUUUAAUAUUUCAUUGGUAUUAUAUUAGUAUUAUUUACAGUCUAUCACAAAAGUGAGUACAUUCCUCACAUUUUUGUAAAUAUUUUAUUAUAUCUUUUGAUGUGACAACACUGAAGAAAUUACACUCUGCUACAAUGUAAAGUAGUAAGCGUACAGCCUGUAUAACAGUGUCAAUUUGCUGUCCCCUCAGAAUAACUCAACACACAGCCUAUAGUGUCUAAACUAUUGGCAACAAAACUGAGUACACCCUUAAAGGACCACUAUAGUGCCAGGAAAACAUACUCGUUUUCCUGGCACUAUAGUGCCCUGAGGGUGCCUCCACCCUCAGGGACUCCCUCCCGCCGGGCUGGAUGGCGAGGAAAGGGGUUAAACUUACCUUUAUUCCAGCGCCGGGCGGGGAGCUCUCCUCCUCCUCUCUGCCUCCGAUCCUCCUCCUGGGCUGAAUGCACAUGCACAGCAAGAGCUGCACGCGCUUUUAGCCGGUCUCAUAGGAAAGCAUUCAUAAUGCUUUCCUAUGGACGCUUGCGUCUUCUCACUGUGAUUUUCACAGUGAGAAGCACGCAAGCGCCUCUAGCGGCUGUCAAUGAGACAGCCACUAGAGGAUUUGGAGGCUGGAUUAACCCAUUUAUAAACAUAGCAGUUUCUCUGAAACUGAGGUUGUCUAUGGGAAAUAGAUGUAUGAGUGUUGACAACAUUGCUGCAGAGGUUGAAAGGGUGGGAGGUCAGCCUGUCAGUGCUCAGUCUAUACGCCACACUGCAUCACAUUGGUCUGCAUGGCUGUCGUCCCAGAAAAAAGCCUCUUCUAAAGAUGAUGCAUAGGAAAGCCUGCAAACAGUUUGCUGAAGACAAGCAGACUAAGGACAUGGAUUACUGGAACCAUGUCCUGUGGUCCGAUUAGACCAAGAUAAACUUAUUUGGUUCAGAUGGUGUCAAAUAUGUGUGGCGGCAACCAGGUGAGGAGUACAAAGACAAGUGUGUCUUGCCUACAGUCAAGCAUGGUGGUGGAAGUGUCAUGUCUGGGCCUGCGUGAGUGCUGCCGGCACUGGGGAGCUACAGUUCAUUGAGGGAACCAUGAAUACUAACAUGUACUGUGACUUACUGUAACAGAGCAUGACCCCCUCCCUUCAGAGACUGGGCCGCAGGACAGUAUGCCAACAUGAUUACGACCCCAAACACACCUCCAAGAAGACCACUGCUUUGCUAAAGAAGCUGAAGGUAAAGGUCAUGGACUGGUCAAGCAUGUUUCCAGACCUUAACCUUAUUGAGCAUCUGUGGGGCAUCUUCAAACGGAAGGUGGGGGAGCGCAAGGUCUCUAACAUCCACCAGCACCGUGAUGUCAUCAUGGAGGAGUGGAAGAGGACUCCAGUGGCAACCUGUAAUGCUCUAGUGAACUCAUGCUUAUGAGGUUUAGGGCAGUGCUGGAAAAUAAUGGUGGCCACACAAAAUAUUGACACUCUGGGCCCAAUUUGGACAUUUCCACUUACGGGUGUACUCACUUUUGUUGCCAAUGGUUUAGACAUUAAUGGCUGUGUGUUGAGUUAUUUUGAGGGGACAGCAAAUUUACAGUGUUAUACACGCUGUACACUUACUACUUUACAUUGUAAUAGAGUGUCAUUUCUUCAGUGUUGUCUUAUGAAAAGACAUAAUAAAAUAUAAAAAAAAAUGUGAGGGGUGUACUCACUUUUGUGAGAUACUAUAUAUAUAUACACACACACACACACAAGGCCUGUCCGGAAAAGCACGGCCAUUGUUAAUAUAAUGAGAACGGUUUGCUUGACAUCGGUGUAACCUAGCAGCCAAGGAGAGUGUAGUGGAUGAACAAUGAUGACUUCAAUGUACUAGUCAGUGGGGUCACUAGAAGCGGUUGAGUGAUCUUGUGUACUGUGUAGCCGUCACACUCAAAAUGACUAGGCAAGUAGGGCAACAAAUCUGCAUCAAAUUUUGCAUUAAUCUUGAACAUUCCUCCGUGGAAAUUAAUCAGAUGAUUCAGAAGGCUUUCGAGGAUGAUUCAUUGAGUGAGCACAAAUAGAAGUGUGGCACAAACGCUUGAGAGAUGGUCAAGAAUUUGUUGAAAGAUAUGGUGCCCUGCAACUUCUGGCUUUUCUCAAAACUAAAAUCACCUUUGAAAGGGAAGAGAUUUCAGGUACAGAUAUGUUUACUUGAAAGUGCAAUGGCUUGCAUUAAAACGAGCACGCAUUUACAUCUGAAGAUAAUUUUAUGGUAUACAGUAAAUUACUGGCUGUGAUGAUGAUUAGAUUACAUAUGCGGUUGAGUCUGUUAUUUUCUCUGUCUGGUAUUGAAGCUUCUAAUGAAGGUGAUAUAUAAACACACUGUAUCUGUUUUCAUUCUGAAAUGUAACAUUUAAUCCCUAGACAUAUGUGAUUUCGAUAGAAGUAAAGUGAUACUUAAGGUUGCUUGUGGCGAAUGAGGUAUCUAGUUUAAAAUAUUUAUCUUAAGUAAAUAAUACCUUAUAUGCAUAGUGGUUUUUAUUUUAAAUGUCUAAUAUUUUGAGUGUCCUGAAACAAUGGAUAUUUUAGUUCAAUGCCAGCUAGACAAUUCUUGGUUACUUGGUUAGACAUUUAAUUAUGUAUUAUUAUACAGUGUACCAAACCUCAUUAGAGAUCUAACUGUUGUUGAUUUCAUUUCUUAUGAUGGCUGACUGAACAUAAAUUCAAAAAUUAUCCUUUCAUAGACUCAUAGGGCUAUUUACUAAAGCAUGGAUUUUAAAUUCUGGUCCACUGCAAUUCCCAGAAAUCUUUGAAUGCAAAAGAUGGACAGAGCACCAUGAGAUUUGUAGUUCCAAAACAUCUGGGUGCCAGAGUUUGAGAUGCCUGCACUAAAGUAAAUUUCACAUUUAAGGUCAAAAUAGCCUGGAAGCACAAUUGACUUGGAGAAUUGUUCCAGUUCAUCUAUUACAUUUGAAAUUAAGUUUGAAUUCCGUUUGAGUUCCUUUCAAUUUUCACUUUAUUAAAUGACCCUUUAAAACUCCCAUUACUCUAAACCACCCACUAUAAUGGAGCCGUAGAAACAUGCCGAGUCCCCUUAUAUUACCUUGUUUGAAGAAUCUCUGCUAUGAAGUAGAAUCUGAAUUAUUAAUUAACCUAUUUCAAAAUAAUUUUAAUUACCUCAUUAGAUGUUUAAUUUGCCCUACUUUCUAAGCAAUAAAAAUCUGAAUGUAUAGAUUUAAAUAUUUGUCAGAAUUUGGGCCAAUCAGAUGAUUUGUACCCAAAUCCCAAACCAACUAAAACGUACAAUGGCCAUGCAUGUUCGUUUUGCUUUGUGAUUCUGUCCGCUGUGCCAAAAAAAGAGAUAACUGAAAAAAAAGAUGAUCAGUAAAUGUUGGUUUUAUUCACAGAUCACAUGAGAAGUGAAUAACAGAGGGAAAAAAGGACGUGUAGUAAAAAAAUGAUAUUUAUAUAUUAUGUGUAUAUAAAUAUAGAUUUUAUUACUGUGCUUCCUCUUUUUUAACGUAUUAGUUAUAUUUUCCCACUUGAUCUGUGAAUCAGAUGGAGGGAAAUGCUUCCAUCGGUGUGCUACCAAAUAUAUGCAUAAUAUUAUGUUAUGUAUUUCUGUCGCACCCAUUGGCUAUUUUCAUACACUUUUGUUUUGUAUCAUUCGGUUCCCAAAUUCAUUUUUCAAUUUAGAAAUUCUGCCAAACGAAAAUUUCGGCAUCCCAAAAAAUCUUCUUUUUUUUAGGGAAAAAUGGUUGCGCCAAGCUGACUUUUCACAAGAUUGCUAUCUUUGAUUUCACUAUAACCUAGAAUGUUUUUUUGAAUUCAUCUAGAAGUCAUUGAAAAAUGUUUUGUAAUCUCAACUGGCUAGAUUCAGUAAAAUGGAUUAGGAUGUGCAGUGUCUGAAUUCAGUAAAGUGCCUGAAUUUGGUUAAAUGGAUUUGAUAGUACAAAGCCUGAAUUUGGUGAAAUUGAUUAGUGGGUGCUGUGCCUGACUUUGGUGAAAUGGAUUAGAUAGUACAGUGCCUGGAUUUGGUGAAAUGAAUUAUAUAGUGCAGCGCACUAAUUUGGUGAAAUAGAUUAGAGGGUACAGUGACUAGAUUCAGUAAAAUGGGUAAUGUGGAUAAGAGGGCAUAGUAACUAGAUUCAGUAAAAUGGGUAACAUGGAUUAGAGGGCACAGUGGCUAGAUUGAGUAGAAUGAAUUAGAGCGUUCAUGGGCUGGAUUUGAUAUACAUUUAAUGUUUAACAUCAAAAUAUGAUGGCUCACAAAUAAAAACAGUGUUGUAAAUUAACACGGAGUCCUAAGAUUGCCAUGUAACUCAUGGUUUCCAUUUCUACAAAUAUAGAUUGGAUAAUCGGUAAAUCAAUUUGUCAGAUAAUGUAUUAAUAAUUCAUGCAGUCACAUCAGAUCUCAUUAAAUUGGUCUUACGAGGAGAUGGUGCACAAACAGAUCAGAAUAGAAGUGAAUAAUGAGUCAAACAGACAAGGGGAUACAUUUUUUGGCAAAGAAUGUUGAACCAAUUUGAGUGCAUGUUGUUUUAAAGCAGUUACCUAUAGACCAACACCACUUUGGUUGAGACAGUAUGGUCCAUUUGACACAUAACCAGUUGGACGGACUAUCAUGGGCUCUAACACAUGGCACUAAAUCUUGGGGCAUUAAUAAUUGGGUACCUAUUUUGUUGAAUAUUAUGCACCCGACUCCUGAUUCCCCACUCCUCCCUUCCUUCCCAGUUAUCCACUAAAUUAAAUAACCUAGUUACUGAUGGAUUAGGUUAAGUGAAGAAAAAUAAAGUAAUUGGUUGUCAAGUCACACAAUAUAGUCAGUGGGAACAGAAUUUCAUUUGAUGAUUUAGGUCCUAAUGCUUAAAUUAUUUGCUAUAUAGUGUGUACAGUGCAGCAGACACCAAUUAGUAAGUAAAACGUAUGGAGUCAUACAAGGUUAAACUAAUCUACUUCAAUAGCAAUUACGUAGAUGAAUAGAUUCAUGUAUGGAAUGCCAAUUGUAUCAAUCUGUUUUAUGUUUGUUUUGCGACAAAAUCUUAGUUGUACUAUGCUGUACUUGUUUACAGUUUGCCUUAUUUAACACAAUCGUGUAUACCCGCCUGUGAUGUGAAUUUUGGAGACAUGCCACUGCCUAAUCUGUAACCUGUUUCUGCCUCAAGGCGGCUACAAGCAAAAAUAAAAAUUAUCAAAUUUAAAAAAAAAAAAAAAACAUUUAUGCAGUCCGUGCACAAUUCAUGUCAGCUAACAUAUGGCUUAUCUAAUACACACAUUUAUUUUACACAUACACACCUUUAAAACUAAACAUAUAAUACACAUGCAAGGGAUGUGAAAAAUAAGGGGGGACAUAUAACAUGUAGCAUCUAAUAAUGAGUAGGGCCAGACUUUGCAUUCAGAGCAGCUCCAGUUGUUCUUAAAAUGCUGUCAUAAAAUGUGUGAGUUGUUUCAUUAUUCUUUAAGAAGUAAAAUCUCCAUUUGGGUGAUGAAUGAAGAAUAAAUGUAUAGGGCUAUAUUCACUAUAAUUCACAUUGUAGCAAUAUGGAAACUCAAUAGCAAAAUAGGCUAUAAUGGCUGAAUUGAAAACAUUCUCACAUGGCUUGGUAGCCUAAAUUUUCUCGCCCAAAAUUUCAGAUUUUCACAGUUGAGAUUUUCAGUGGAUAGACCCCUAUGUUAUUCUCUGAGUUUAGAAUUUUGUUAAUAAAGUUGAAUGAUGUUUACGUUUGAUGGUCGAGGAGAACAUGCACAGGCUGUGACACUUUUUGCAUUCAUCAGACCUAAUGAGCGAGGUUUAUCAAAGAGUUCUGUUCUAAAAAGUGGUGCAAAGAAGUAAAAGGGGAUCAGUCACCAAUGGAAUGUGUCAGUUGUUUCCAAUGGUUUCUAUGGAGAUUGCUCCCACUUUUAGCACUUUAGACCACUUUUUAGAACAGAACACUUUGAUAAAUCUCCCCAAAUGCCUUUUACAUUAAGCUGCUCUUACCAUACCGAUCUCCUACCCUGUUUAACAAUUGACAACAGACAUUCUGGGUUGAAUGCCUCCGUUUUUUCAAACUUUAAACAUAUUUGAAUAUAGAAAACAGAAAAAGCUAACACAUCACGUAAUGGUCCAGACUUUUGGCAUUUUACACCAGAUUAUAUAUUUUUGUAGGUUAACCAAUCAUAAAAAAAUAGUAAAUUGAAGCCUGACAUACAUUACAUCUUUAUGAAACUCUGAAUAUACAGUUGUUGUUCAGAUUGGUCACAGAAGUGAUGAGGCUAAUCUCACCACUAUUCAUUUUGAGGCUGUCAUUUUCUGGUAUUUUGGAAGUAUUUUGCGAAACCAUCAUUGUUAAUUAUUUUUCAGCGUCCUACACUGCUCACCAUACUCAUACAGUUUGGUUGUGUGCAGCAUAUAAUAUGGUUAUUUUUUAUAUUGUUCCUUUUGACUUUCUUUCGUUUCUUAUGAUUGAUGCACCUUAAUUCAGCACCAACUAGUUUGUUUUUCUUUAAAAUUCAUUAGAUCCUGUAUUUUUAAAACUCACCUAUCAGACCUCUCUAUGGCUGAUACAUUCCUCUAAUUUUCCAUCUAGCUAGUGCUCUGCACUUUUGUAGUCAAAUUUGCAAUUGUGAUUUACUUACUUAAAUGUUAAACUAAUUUUUCAUAUAGUCUGUCUGGUGUUGUGUUCACUCUCUGUACCUCUGCCUUGUUUCACAGAUGUGGUGGUAUUCUUUAGAUAGAUUAUAUCAUGUGCAUUUCUUUGUCCAUUCUUUUCCAGUUCGUUCGCUCUGCUAUAAUCAUUAUCAUUUCACUUGUUCAUAUACCUUUGUUCCAGAAUUCUAUGGGUUCUAAUGUGCUUUUAAGAAAAUUGUAACUUGGUUCUUCUGAGACUUACAGGUAGUUUCUAUCUUAUACCCUGUUAGACUAUGCCGAUUUAGUGUUCUCCUUAUGGCGUUCCUUGAUAAUUUUAUCCAUGGAGAGUGUUCUUGUUCUGUUAAAAACAGUGUAAAAUGUUUUGUUUUUUUUAUCACAAUACAGGCCCACUACAGAAGUCUUUUGGAGACUAGUAGGUUGUUUGAUACACAAGAACCCAGCAGUUCUUUGUUGGUUCCUAACAAUGAGCUAAGAAUUGAUCUAUUUAUUCUCACGCUCAGCCUCAUGUUGGCCUACUUUACUGACAUUUUUGUUUCCCGUGACCAGAGAUAACAGUGGCAUACAUCAAAUACAAAUACACACUUAGAAGCUUCUCUAAACCUUCCUUAGAUCAGGUGCAUGAAAUAAAGAUGCAUCAACAAAUACAACCAAAAACGGUUGUGCAGUCAACUGUCCAGUUCAUUUUGUUCCUCAAAAUGGGACUAUGUUUAUGUGUUAUAUAUUAAAGUUUGAAGAAGUCAGCCUCGAGGAAGGGCAACGUAAAGUAACAUUAAGGUAAAAUUCAAAGUACCAUGAGUAUAUCAAGUUCAGAAAGACAAUGUUCAUGAUGAGACAUUUAGAGGGACAUGUAUCAAAGUGUCAUUGGACAAGCACCACAUUUCUGGGGACUUUUCCUGUUGUGAACGAUCUGUUAUGAAGGUCUUUUCCCUUUUUGCCUUUUUUUCAUCAGUUUUUCUGUUCAAUACCAUUUGUGUAGUUUAAAAAAAAUAAAAUAAAAAAAAAGUAUUACAUUUUCCUUUCUUUCCCUUAUGCCACUUUUAUUUUGGUGUAGAAAGUAAGGAAGAAUAUGCUCAGAAUAUUCAUACAGAAUUAGGUUAAUGAUAUUAUUACGCAGGCACUAUACCCAAUACAAAGCAUAAUUAUAGUUCUAGUGAUAUUUCCUCGUACAUGGAUGGAGGCUAGUUUUCGCCUGAGCAUGUGAAAUGGGGUUAACAGCCAGAGGAGGAAUGCAACCUGGUCACUGGAAACACAUUUCCUCUCUAAUUCUAGGUCUCUGCUUUAUAUAUGGUUUUGAUGUAUCUUUGAGUGGAGAUAAUAUCAUUAUUUUGAUGAGUGGCUGAUGAUUAGAUAACCAAGCGAGUUUUGUCAAUUCUGAAACAGUUUUUGUGUUUUGUGUUUGGGUCAUAACAAGGGUCAUUUUUUAUCAGGUCAUAAUAAUGAUUAGUCCCUACUUUGUCUUAGGUUUCUAGUUAGAAAUAGAUGGAAAAAAGAGCAAAACAAAGACAGAGUAGGAAAGCGGAAGAGAAGAGGAAAUGAUCGGAGACAGGAUGGAAAAGAUUGGAGAGUAGUCCCUUAGGUGUCACAUGUCCGUCCUCACAUUGUGGUGUCCGUGAGGAUGACUAUCUUCCUGGCAUUGGUGGAGAUGCUGCUCGGCACUCCUGUGCCAGUGUGUCUGGCUCCUGUGGCAUGCUGAAAGACGCCGGCUGCUGCAGAUCCAUACCAAUUUGUAGCCCAUGUCUGCCCAUGGUAUUGACAAUGUCAAUGUGCGUGUGACGUCACGCAAAGGAAGCACGCGCAUGUUCUGGAGUCAUAGGCUGGGUACGGCCAAUCGGAUUUAAAGGAGAUUUAUUUUAACUCUUCUUGCCUUCCCUCAUUGCCUUGUCAUGGUUUCCCUUAGUGGUUGUCCGAGAGUGUGUUCCUGAGCGUUGAUUUCUGGUUAUUGACUUUGGCUUCGUUUUGACUUCCCUGUAUUCUGGUAUCCUUGACUUUUGGCUUUCCCUCAUCAUGUUGUCUCAUUCUGUGUCCCCGACCUCGGCAAGUAUUCUGACUAUUCUCUGGUAGGUUAAGCCCGGCCAUUCUAAGGCCCGGUAAGACAUUACCUUUAGUCCUAGGUGUAAUACAGUCCUGCGUGCUGGAUCGACUAGUAAUCCUGACACUAGGGAGGCACCAUGAUGGACCUAAAUAGAGUACUAAUUACUAAUCAAACCAAACUGUGGAAUCAUUUAAAUGCAUUGUAAUAAAAUAGAGUUUUAGCUUAAGAAACUUUAGCUUAAUUAAGCCGUUUUUGUGUAUAGAUCUCACUGAAGUCUCACUGCUCAAUUCUCUGCCAUUUAUUAGUUGAAUCGCUUUUGUUUCAGUCCAUACAGUUCUAACCACACCUCCCUCUGCUGUGACUGACACAGCUUGCAUGAUGUUAACUUACUUUUGAAGUUUUUAUCACCUGCUCUGUAAAUUGAUAUUUAAACCCGCACAGGAGUUUUCUGCAAGGUCUAGCAAGCUACUAACAGUGCAGGAAAUAAGAAAUUCUAAAUUAAACAAAAUUUGCAAUAAAGGAAGUGUAAAUAUUAGAUCUCACUUUACAGGAAGGGUUUAGGAAGGUUGUGCAAAUUACUUGCAGAGAGGUGUGACUAGGGCUGCAUAAACAUAAUGAUUUACUCGUACCUGGCAGGGAAUUUAGCAGUGAGACUGAAGGGGACUCAUCUACACACCAAAACUGUUUUAAUAAGCUUAAGUUGUUUUGGUGACUAUAGUGUCGCUUUAAAAGUAAUUGUAACUGGUAUUGUAGGCAGAAAAUCGCACUACUAGAAUGCAUCUUAUUAUAGACAUACCUACUAGAUAUUUUUGUCAGUGACAGUUUUCUUGACAACCAUAGGAUACGUAACUAUUAAAGAGCAAAACCAUUCUACACAACGGCAUAACUACAAAGAUAGCAGUGAUAAGCAAGCUUUGAUUUCAAGUGACCUGGAAAUGAUCCAUCUUUUUAAGGCCAGGAAUCAAUAUAUGUGUGUAUCUGAUUACGCAAAUCUCACAUUUUACACUUCCUUCCUUGUUGGCAUAUCUGAGAUCAACUCAGAUUUGUACUUACAGCUCUGGGUUUGACAACUCGUAACUGUGCCAUCAGGACAGUUCUUUUAAUAUGGGUGGGUACACUGCUCACUUUAGGAUAAUCCUCACCCCCAAAAAUGAAAAAAAACAAUAACACAUCAUUGCUGCUUUCUGGUAUGGUACAUUAAAUGUUGACAUAAAGGCUAAUUCCAUUUUCUUUAAAACAUACUUUGCAUUACUUGAACAAGCACAUGCACCAUGCUGAAAUGCCAUUUUCGUUGCCCACCCCCUCUUGAUUCAACGCAGCUGAGUAUUUGAGUCUGCCGACAUACUUUUGGAUGCACACCAUUCCCCAUCUCAAUUUCAUUUUCAAAAUUAUGACAGCACAACCGAUGACCGUGAAGCAAAGCACAUGCAAAAGAAUAUGUGCCUUAAAGAACUUAAAAAAUGUGCCUAUAGCAUCAGUGCUGUUUAGAAAGUUUUCUACUUACAUUGUUGAGAAUUUAUGGAGUAUACAAUAACUACUAAAGAGCAUAUCCUUUUGCUAAUUCAUUGAUUUUUAUUGAAAAAGCUUGAAUUGACCUGCUAACACAACAUCAUCGAAAAGCAACCGGUGCCGAUCAGUGAUACAUACUACAUCGAUUGAUGCCUUUUUUCAUGGCACCCAAGCAGCACAGGCAAAGGUGCAAAUACGCGGUCUACCGUGCAACGCCAAUCCAGGGCCUGGAGGCCUACCUUGACGGAAGCCUACUCGUGCACCACGCAUCCAAUCUGAACUCGGGCACCACAGAUAUGGGACACCGCUCACACAAACCCACGGCAGGCACGAACACACAAGACAGAGAUAUAGGGGAGAUGUGGCUUUGACUGGUGCAAGCCGAAAUGGCACACACCAUGCAUCGCCCCCCCCCACCGGACAAACAUCCGAGCCUGACCGCGAGGAGCCGACAACGAAAAUAACUCCCCCGGCGGAACACCCGCAGCUGCCCGACACCCAGGAUGACUCAGCCCCCAUGACUAAAGGGGACCUAAAAACAUUCUGGACCAACAUACAAAAGCUGCUGGCGGCCGAUGUCGCCAUGGUCAAAAAAGACAUACAAUCAGUCACAUAAAGAGUGGGAACAAUAGAGGCAGACAUUACCACCGUACAUGACACAGUGUCCACCCUUAAGGAAUCGAUCCAACGCCUACAGGCAGAGCAGCAUGUACUAGCCGGCCAAAUUAUGUCACUGGAGGACAAACAACGCCGGAAACAUAUCAAAAUCCGGGGCAUCCCAGCCGCAAUCACGACCGAGGAACUGCUUACAACACUGUUACCACAGACAGUGACCAAAAAAAACCCCCAGAUGGGAUCUACCGAGUGACAAGCUCUACACGCAUACAACCCAGCACACCCAGGGAUGUUAUCCUGCGCCUGACGACAAUAUCAGACAAGAUACAGAUAAUGACUGCCAUAAAAGGCAAAACACCACUGGCCUUUGAGGGCGCUCAGCUCUCCUUCUUCCAGGAUGUCACAAGAGCCACACUGCUGAGACGAAAAACAUUCGAACCUGUGACAACGGCACUGCGCAAAGCUGGCAUAGUUUACAGGUGGGAGAACACGGGCGCACUACUCAUCCAUCACAACGGGACCGCACACCAUCUCACAUCCCCAACUGGAGCGCCCACCUUCAUGAGGGCACUGGGACUACAACCCCCACAACACACCUCCAUAACCGCAAGCCAACCGGAGAGCUGGGAACCGGAAGACCGCUCCACCCACGUACAGUCAACGGAUGAGCCACCGGCACCUACCACCUGACCCCGUGUAGGGACUGCCAAAAUGAGGACCUGGUCUUUGUGAGAGAAGGGGUAAUCCCCCUGACCACACACUCCCGUGACUAUUUUCCCAUAUGAAUGACACCACUGCAACUCCCCGGUUUCAUGUUGAACUGUAUGUGAGCCUCGAUGCUCCCACGCUUACAUUUUUUUCAUAAAUGUAGUAAAAAUCUUACUGUAUUCAAGCCUGAAGCUGUAACUCUGCAUGCUGUUAGACUCAGAAAAACAAGCAGUCAGCUGACAUAAUCAGAAGUGGUAGUCUGAUCCAAUCACAAUGCUUCUCCAUAGGAUUGGCUGAGACCGACAAAGAGGCAGAUCAGGAGCAGAGCCAGCAUGAUUCAAACACAGCCCUGGCCAAUCAGCAUCUCCUCAUAGAGAUGAAUUACAUCAAUGAGGAAAGUUCAGUGUCUGCAUGCAGAGGGAGGAGAUACUGAAUGUUUGGAUGCAUUUUAGGCAGCCAUGGCCCAGGAAGGAUCUCUAACAGCCAUCUGAGGAGUGGCCAGUGAAGUUAUCACUAGGCUGUAAUGUAAACACUGCAUUUUCUCUGAAAAGACAGUGUUUACAGCAAAAAGCCUGAAGGUAAUGAUUCUACCCACCAGAACAAAUCCAAUAAGCUGCAGUUGUUCUGGUGACUAUAGUGUCCCUUUAAUUCACCAAAAUGUAAGCUGGUGAUAUAACAACAAAUCCAAUGAAUGUUAAUGGCAUAAAAAGUUUUGGAAAUUACGUGAAAUACACCAGUGUUGCUUUUGGGACUCAAACAGGAUUAGGAGCCUAGGGAAGUGCAUUUCUGUUGCACUUUUAAUGUGACGAUCAAUAUUUCACCCAUUUAGCCCAGGCUUGCUGUAAGUUACUUUAUCUUAUUUUUAAUAGAAAAUUUACUCCCCCAUUUCUUGCACAUUCAUUACUCUUGCCUCUUUUCUCACCUGUGUAAAUGGACAAAACAAACUAACUCAGUGUACACCCUUAUUCAAAAAGACACGUCAAGUACCAAAUGAACAUACGCUGCUUAAUUAAGUAGGUUAUUGUGCAAAGAGCUCCACUACCACUGUUUGCCUUUUCUUGCCUUUUCUUAGUUACUUUUAACUACAAACUUGCAAACAUACCUACAGCUGUAAACCCAAACUAUCAGUCAUAUAAGUUAUAAAUGUAAGAGUAGUCUAUCCCUUUAUGCACCUUGGAUCUAGUUUCCUCCUAAUGGUCUAUGAGAAACAUAUCUAAUUCUCUGACACAGAAUCCAGACGGUAAAAUGCAGUUAAAAGAAACUAAUUUAAGAAGCAUAAUUUGCAGAAUCGAUUUCUGACAUUAGCCACACAAAUUGUCUCCAAGGAUUAUGAGUUUUGGUUCGUAAACUUGACCCCUUUCUUCUUGGCUAUCAGUGUUUCUCCUGUCUAACAGUUACUUUCUUAUUGGUAGACUUCAUUAGUUCAUUAAACCCAAACUAACUAUUUUACCCAGUGUUAUUUCAGACUAGGGACACACAUUUCCUAGACAUUUAUUGGGUGUGGACAUUGAGGUCAGGUAGUGGUCAUACAAGGUCCUUUGGAGGAUUCAGUGUUUUUCCUGGAUCUACUCCUGGAUUUUAUCGUCCCCUAAAUUUUAUUUGGUUAGAAGCAGGGUUCAUCCAACCAAACAUCAUGCAGGAAACCAAAAACUAGCAUAUAUUCAAUAAUCAAUGUCAUGCGCAAGUUAGUGGCAUCUCGAAUUUGUGCUGCUUUAAAUGACUUUUAGCAGAUGGUGUUUCUAAACAAAGAGGGCCUCCACAAUGCACAGAUACAGCACGGAAAAGGAUUCUUAAAGUCCAGGAAACCCCUUACUUUACUUUAUUGAGAUUCAAAAUACACUAGAUUUGAGCAUGGCCAAAAAAUGGAGGCGGACGUAUGUCGGUUUGGCAACAAAAAACGGAUUCAGAAAACAAAUCAAAUGAGCCGGAAUGGUGCAGAAUUGGGCCAAUCAGUGAACUGCAAAAUAUAUACAUAAUAUAAACAUUAUGUAUAUAUUUUGCAUUACGCUGAUAGGAGCAUUUUCCUGCCAUUUGAUUUGCAGCUCAAGUGAGAAAAAGUAUCCAAUAGGGAGAAAAUCAGGGGGAGCAGUAAAAAAAAUAAUAAAAAAUCUAUAUUUAUAUGUUUAUAUGCCACAUAGUUAUUAAAUAUAUAAUAUAUACAUUUAGAUUUUCUUUCUUUUUACUGCACCUCUUUAUUUACCUCUGUUGGUAACUUCUCUUGAUCUGUGAAUAAUAUAAAUAUUUAGUGACUGUUCCCAAGACAUCAAUCAUCUUUUUUCCCACUAGUCCUGACUUCUUUAGCACCACGGAGGGAACGUCAAAUUACGAAACAACCAAAGCUGUUUGUCCAUUGCCACUGUUGGUUCCAUUUGUUUCAUUGGCAGAAUCAUGCAUCAGAAUGUAUAUGCUCAGCCAUUGUGAGUCUUGUUUGGUUUGUGAUUCUGGAACAUUUCGGCUUGGAAUUUGGGAAUUCAACCGAUCACCCAAUCGGCCCGAAUUCAGACUGAAACAAGUCUACUAUACACAUCUCUAGGGAUGAUGUGCUCUGAAAACUCUUGAAGAGAUUAAGUUAGACACUUGUUCAAUAAGUAGUAUCAGCCAAGAACACAGCUUAACAGGACUACACAGGUAAACAGGUCCUCACUGAGAGAUGAUGAUCUUUCUUUAGGUCCUUUAUAAUUUGGCAUGUUGUGUAUAAAAAUUAAAUAUUGGCUUGCUCAAAGAAAAACUGUCAUUAUUUUGAUUAUCAUUAAAAAUAAAAUGUUAAAUGCAGUAUAGUAUGUGUGUGUCAUUUACCAUUGAUUAUCAUUGUGAUUUAAAUUGUAGAAUAUCAAGGUGCAUUAUUUUGCCUCCAUCCAGACCGUAUGGAGGCAAAAUAAAAAGCUGGUGUGACAGUAAAUUAGGUCAUGGUUAUAACAUUUACUAUUAGCUCCAUACCUGAUAUCGCAAAGGUAUAAUUAGAUUUUUCUGAAUUCAUAUUGUAUUUCCUUUCAUUUAGGGGGACCAGAUGUUCUCAUUAAGACCUCUGCUCCCUGAUACAGUUAAGAGCUGGAAGUGCUUCCUAAUUCCGCAUUACAAACCUAAUUAUUUAUAAAGCACCAACAAAUUCCGCAGCGCUGUACACUGAGUGGAUUAUCAGACAUGUAUUUGUAACAAGACGAGUUGAACGCACAGGAACAGAGGGUGUUGCACGAGCUCAUAUUGUGGGGUAAAGUGACACAGAGGUAGGGGUAGGAUAUAUUUUAUGUAUGGGAAAAUUAGGUUGCUCAUAUAGUUUUCAAUGAAGGCUUUGAUUUUUGUUCAUUUUAUUUGGCUCAUAGCUUUAAAUCCCAUAAAUAGGUCAUGGUCUGUAUUUAAAAAUAAAUACUGUUUGUUCAGUUUUGGAAACCCACAAUUAAGUUGCCUCUUUUGAUCUACUGUAGAUCAAUUGUUUGUACCAUCAUUUAACAUCUAUUCACAAAGAGUCUCUUUAAACAAUUUUUAAAAAAAAAAUGAUUUCAAGGAGUUUGGAAAGAGCUGCUUUAUACGUUAAAACAAACAUUUCUUAUUUCCUGCACUAUGCAUUGUAUAACUAACUUAAUCAGACCAACUGUGGCAAUCACAAGUUGUGAUUGGCUGGUUAGCUCAAUUAUCUUUGCAGCCUUUAUCAUCAGCUGUCACUGAGAGGCUUCAAAUGUUACACAUUGUCUAGAUUAUUAUUAUUUUUUAAUUUUAUAAUUAUUAUUUAUAUAGCGCCUUCAGAUUCCGUAGCGCUGUACAAUGGGUGGACUAACAGACAUGUAAUUGUAACCAGACAACUGGACAUACAGGAACAGAAGGGGUUGAGGACCCUGCUCAAUGAGCUUACAUUCUAGAGGGAGUGGGGGGUAUAGUGACACAGAGGGUAAAAGUAGGGGUACGAAGUAGGUUGUUAGAAAAGUAUUCACUGAGGGCUUAGUGGGUAAUUUUUGACAGUUGCAGGAGAGGAGUCAUGUGGGGUGGGGGAUAAAAACCUGUUUAAACUGCAAUUGGAUAAAUACUUGCAAAACCAUAAGAUACAGGGAUAUAAUUUCUAAUUAGUGGGAUAAUAGCUGCUUUAUCCAAGGAGACAUCUGACUGCUAUUUUGGGGUCAAGAAGGAAUUUUUUCCUAGUUUGUUGCAAAAUUGGAAGUGCUUCAGACUGUUUUUUUUUGCCUUCUCUUGGACCAACAGCAAAAACAUAUGUGAGGAAGGCUGAACUUGAUGGCCGCAAGUCUCUUUUCAGCUAUGUAACUAUGUAAAUAUGUAACAGUUUAAUUGAUAUGCUUUCUUGAAGAAGUGAGCUUUCAAUGAUUUUUUUGAGUGAGUGGACACUGGGUGAAAGACUUACGGAGAAGGAAAGGGAGUUCCACAGAAGAGUAUCAAAUGUGGGAGUACAGAUAGAGGAUAGACGUAGGUCUUUGGCAGAGUGCAGGGGCCUCGACGAGACAUAUUUUUGAAUUAGGGAGGAUAGGUAGGUUGGAGCAGCAUUAUGUAGGGACUUGUAAGCAAGCACCAUAAUCUUAAAUUGAGCCCUAUAUCUAACUGGAAGUCAAUGCAGGGACUGAAAGAGCGGGAGGCGUGGGAGGUGCGAGCGGAAAGGAUAAUGAGCCUUGCCGCCGCAUUCAUUAUAGAUUUCAGUGGUGCAAGCAGGGAACACGUAAGACCACUGAGAAGGGGAUUGCAUUAGUCAAGGUGAGAGAGAACAGCAUGGACCAACACCUUAGCCGCAUCCGGCGUUAAAUAGGGGCGAAUGCGCACUAUGUUUUUGAGAUGGAAGCAACAGGAUUUGGCGAUUGAUUGGACAUGAGGGGUGAAGGAGAGGUUGGAGUCAAAGAGAACACCCAGCUAACGAGCCUGCAAGGUAGAGAUGAUGGUAGCACUGUUGACUUGGAGGGAUACAGACACGGGAGUAGCAACACUUGAGGGAAGAAAGACCAGAAGUUCUGUUUUGGACAGGCUGAGUUUAAGGAAGUGAGAAGCCAUCCAGUUGGAAAUCGCAGAGAUGCAGUCAGACAAACAAGUCAAGAUGGGCGGAGAGAGAUCAGGAGAGGACAGGUAGGUUUGCGUGUCAUCCGCAUAGAAAUGAUAGCGGAAGUCAAAGGAGCUGAUGAGUUUACCAAGGGAGGCAGUAUAGAUAGAGAACAGUAGGGGACCAAGGACAGAACCUUGGGGGACGCCAAAAUAGUGGUUGGGAGGAAGAGGCAGAGUCAGAGAAAGAAACACUGAAAGAGCACUGGGAGCGGUAGGAGGAGCACCAGAAGAGAGCAGUAUCCCAUAGACCAAAAUUAUGGAGAAUGUGAAGAAGCUGUUGAUGAUCAACAGUGUCAAAGGCAGCAGAAAGAUCAAGGAGAAUUAGGAUAGAGUAAUGGUUGCGAGAUUUAGCAGCAAUUAAAUCGUUGGAUACUCUGGUCACAGCCGUUUUGACAGAAUGACCAGUGCUCAAUUCAGACUGAAGGGGGUCAAACAAAGAGUUGGAUUUGGGGGCACUUGCUGCGUUUAAUUGUAGGAGGUGCCAUCAUGUGGAGUUGAGUGGAGAGAGUUAAGUUGUAGAGUGAGGUUGCAGAGUUAGGGCAAGUUAGAUCUGAGAUGGGUAAGAGGAGAGUUUGGAGUUUGGUGGAGAAUUGGAGAUCAAGGCAGUUGAGGUUUCUGUGAGAUUGGAGAGUUGAGGGUGAUGAAUUUUGGGUACGGGUAUUCUGAUGUCAAAUGUGGUCAAACAAAGGAAAUGGAACAGUGGAGAGAUUAGAGGUGGAACAGAGAUUGGUGAAGAUGAGGUCAAGAGUGUUUCCUGCUGUAUGAGUUACUGAAGUAGACAACUGCGUGAGGCCAAAGGAGGAGAUUACAGAGAGCAGACGCGAGGCAUCAGGGCAGUUGAGCUUGUUGAUUGGGAUGUUAAAGUCCCCAAGUAUGAGGGAGGGAAUGCUAGCGGAGAGAAAGUGGGGUAGCCAGGAAGAAAAGUGUUCAAUGAAUAGUCUAGGAUGACAGGGGGGAGCGAUAGAUGAUGGCAAUUCUUAAAGCAGUGGGCUUAAAAAGGCGGACAGUGUGAACGUCAAAGGAAGUAAAGGAAAGGGCAGUGGCAGGGAGGAUAGGUUGGAAGGUACAUUGAGGGGAGAGAAGGAUGCCUACACUGCCUUCUUUACAGUCUGGCAGUGUGGGAGAAUUGUAGUGCACCUGAACAUUAAGAAGCGGGAAUAGCGGUAUCAGAGGGGGACAGCCAGGUCUCAGUGAGAGCCAAUAUCGUGAGUGAGGUUGUGUAUAGCUGUUGAUUUAAUAUUACUAGAGAUGGGACGGGCGUUCCAGAGUGCACACUGAAUGUUGGUAAAGGAGGAUAAACUGCAGGGUAUGUGGAUGAGGUUUGUGUGGUUUCUGGUUGUCUUAGUUUGAGCAGACAAGGUGAAGGGCCCCAGGUUGGGUGAGACAUCACCAGCUGCUAGAAGUAGGAGGAGAGAUAGUGACAGGAGGUGUGAAUGGGUUUUAUAUGAACGGGGUCUAGGAUGAGAUUGGGUCAUUUCCUUACUUAAAAAGCAUCAGAUGAUCAAUUUUUAAUUUGAGCUAAAAUUAGUUAGGUUAGAUUAAAAAAUCUGGAAAUAUUGUUUUAAACUGAUUUUGUUGACACAAUAUCAGGUAAGAGAUCUAAUCUAAUACUAAAUAUUUUAGCCAUUAGAACAUGGUAAAUGGAAUGUUUAUAGGCUACACAACAUAUAAUAUUUUAUCAUGUGACACCUACUUUGACUGCUCACCAGUAGGCAUGUUAAUAUACUGAAUAUAUUUUUUAUUUAAUGACCGCAAUGACUUGGUCUGUAUUAUUGGAUGUAUUAUGACAUUGUGGCAUGAUCACCCCCCAUGGUGGAAGCUCCGGUGAAUGGUCCUGUUGACAGCACAAUGUGAAAAUUACAUUUAUAUAGAUACCCAUACCUCCAAACAGUUCAUUAAUUUUAAAUGAAAUACUAAUAAUAAUGUUGUUAGCUAAAAUGUAAUUUAGAACAAGAACAAUUUAUCUUUUUUUUUUUUUAAACACUGGUUUCUAAACCAAUUUAUUGUAAUUUAAAGACUCAUUACUGUGUAAAUUAUUGCUAUGGAGCUUUGGUGUAAAAUAAGAAGCACCAAGUAUUCUUAGCUCCUACAAUAGAGGGACAUUGGGAUAGAAAAAAGGGAUGGAUGUAUUUAGGACAAAAAUAGAGACUGUCCGUCCUAUGUGGACACUUGGGAGGUAUGGAUACCUGACGUUGACCUCAGGGUAUGACAAAUACCCAUUACAGCAUCAACCUUUCAGUCAUUUAUAUAACGGUAAUUUAAUGUUUAAAAAUUGAAGGUUUGGUCAGUGGCUUUCUGAAGAUCAUGCUUCAAUAACCAUGCUAAUAAUGUAGGCAGAGCAAUGAGGAUAAGUACAUCUAAUGUUGAAAUUGCAGCCUGAUCUUUCAGUGACCUUCAGUGACAAAGCACUUUAAUUUGUUACUUCCCUUCAAUUUCAUGUUAUGUUCAUGUUUAAUGAAACAAAUACAUUUAAUGUAUUAUGUUCUUUUUAGGGAGCAUUAGUAAAAUCAAUGCAUUUUUGUAUUCCAAGUAGAGUUUUAUUUCACUGUAACAGGAAGCUGCAUUUAUCUCAGUAUUGCUAGAAUGCCAUAAUGUAGAGUAAAAUUUAUUUUAGUAGCAUAUAUUAUUUAGAGUAUCUAAGUAUAUGUCAGGGAUUGAUUUUUGUGUAUUCAUGGAUGUCGGAUGCCUGGACAUUGAGAUCAUACUCUUUGCAUCAUGUGACAUAGAGUUAUACGUGGGACAACCCCAGAUAAAUGACCCAGUAAAAUAACCUCCCAAAGCGCAUUUGGUGUACAGAUUUCAAAAACAUUUUCGAAAGUGACAGCGGGAACCUGGUCUUCACUUAUGGAAAGUCAUUUUUGUACAGCUGCUGAUGCAAUAUUGAUAUUUAUAUAUUUAGUUAAAUGCUCAAAAUUACCCUGAAUUUUGUGGCACAAUCAUGUAUUCUGGAUAACUCCUUCCAGCUUAAUGGGACACUUCGGACUCCUAAAGUACUUUAGCUUGUUGAAGUGCUUGAUACCUAAAGAGUGUGUCUUCAUUUUUUUAUUGAACUAAAAAGUGCAGAUUUUGACAGAAAUUGGCACUUUUAUGAAUUAAUUGUGGUACACCCUUCUGGUUAACAAUCGGACAUCAGGUCCUUUUACUUCCUGGUUGGUUAGCUCAGUGGUGCUAAACUCAAGAGGCAGCAAUUGCUCAUGGCACAUGCAUUGCAAAGACUUCUUAUUGAGCUUCAUUUGGAAGUCUGUGAUAGGACAGCCACAAAAGUCUGGGCGGGGUUAGAAGGGGAGGGCUUGCAAAUGCUUCAGACAAGAAAUCUGCAGCUCUUUUUUUUAGACAGGAAUCCGAAUAAUGCAUUAUUAAAGGGACUCUAUACACAACUACCCCACUUUGUCUCAGUGAAGUGAUCUGUGUACCAUCCCCUUGUCUUUUUAAUCCUGAAACUGAAAACAUUACUUUAUUGCACGAUUAGUGCGCCUCUAGAGUGCUUCCUCAGCUGUAACAAAGUAACAGGUCAGUUAUAGGUCAAAUGAAGCAUCUAGACAGCAUAUGAUUGGUGCAGCGGAGCGUUUUGCCACACGUGCACUAGCCACUCCAAUGCUUCCCUAUGAGAUCAUCAAUCUUGAUGAUCUCAGCCAGGGAGUUGGAGGGGCAGAGUGUGAGCCUGGGUGUUCUGGUGGUGAAGAUUGGGUUUUGGUUUGUCUGAAGGAAGGUAGCCUGACUAUGUAGACAUGUGUGUGUUGUACUAUGUGGACACAGUUGGUUUGUUGUAGAUUUUCCUUUGUCAGAUGGUUACUGAGUCUUUCACUGUGUAUUGCAAGGUCUACUUUUAUCAAAUCAAUGAGGUUUGAGUAUUCACUUUGUUCGCUUUGUCUCACUGUAAUUGCUUAUUUUAUAAGCCAGCUUAUUUACAGAAAUCAAUUUAUUCAUAACUGCAUUAUAACUAAAUUAUGUAAGCCAUCACAUAUUCUUUGUAACGUUAAACAAACAUUAAAGCAGAGUAUAUAAUAUUAUGAUGUAUUGUGAUAUAUACAAUAUUACUGAGCACUGAAAAGAACAAUGUUAUUCUAUAAAAUGGCAUAGCUUGCAAUUUUACUCAUGGAAGAUCUUAAUAGUGCAUUCAAAUGAUAGUAAAUUAAUGUUGUGCGUAGAAGGUGUAUCUGUUAUGCUGUAAGAUGUGUGUGCUAGAGGCACGACUGAGCCUGUUGAGAGAUUGGUUAGGGUGCAUAGGUGUACUGAUGGGUAUGAUUUGGAAUAAGUGUAUUGGCUCAUCAUAAUCGUGUCAAAUUAUCAUAGUUACAAUACAUAAUUACAUGGUUACAUAGGCUGAAAGGAGACAUGUGUCCAUCAAGUUCAGCCUUCCUCCCAUCUGUUUAUUGCUAUUGAUCCAAAAGAAAGCAAACAAACCCAGUUUGAAGCACUUCCAAUUUUGCAACAAACUAGGAAAAAAGACCCCAGAAUGGCAGUCAGAUUUAUCCCUGGAUCAAGAAGUUAUUACCCUACACUUGAAAAAUGAUAUAAUUGAAUAUUAUGUUUUUGCAAGUAUGCAUCUAGUAGCUGUUUAAACAUCUGUACAGACUCUGAUACCCCCUUAUUAUGUCCAGUGAAUGAUGCAUGCUGUGCCUGUGGAUAAUUCUCCAAUUUCCAAACAAGUCCAAAGCUGCAAUUUGGAAGCCUUGUGUAAGAAUUCACAAGUAUCUAAGCAUACCUUCUAACUUUCCCUGUAAGAAUCGGAAAUGAGGAUUCGUGGGCCAGAGACUGCUGCUGGGGCGCUCUGUGAAUGGUCCUCGUGCCUUGACACCAUUCAACACAGCACAAGUGCGUCUGAUAAUGUGCUUGUGUUGCACUUACUGGGACAGUUUCUUGAAUUCCCCAGAUGCAAGACACCAGGGGUCUAACCCAGGAUGGCAGGUGCAGACCCCUAAUUUGAGAUGGUCCCAUCAGAUCUGGGUCUGUUAAGAGGUAUGGUUAAGUCAUAUACUCAGAUUCUAGUAUUUUUUUGGUAAAUUAAAACAUUUUUGAACUUACUUCUCUAAAGAAGAAAUUACUACUAAUUUAUAUUUAUUUGAGAAUACUGAUUUAAAUAGAAAUUUAACUAUAACUGUCCUCAACUUGGCACGAUUAAAUGUUUUUGACUAACAUUGGGGAUUGUGUUUUGCGCAUUAAUAAUUAAUCAUAUGUAUCUUAUUUUAUAAGGCUUCUAUCAUUAGAAACAACUGAUUAUUAAAAAAAAAAAAGAAUGAUGCGGCAGUGCAAAAGUGUGUCCUUGAAGGUAGCCUUGGGUGAUUUGUGUUAGCCUGCAAGACAAAAUCAAUCAGAGCUUCCAUGGCCUGUAUUUUCCUUUCAUUUAAAAAGAUGUAUUUGGUCACUAACAGGUCAAUAAUCAGGAUGUAAAUAAAACAUCUCCAUGAAAUAAGGUCAAUGUAAUUCCUUCGUAUUCCGUGUUAUGGAUAUAUUGUUUUACUGUGUGUUGUGUUUGUUUCAGAAAACAACACUAUAAUUAUAAAACCAUUUAAGGUACAGAUAAAGUUUAAGAAUAACAGUAAAUACUAUCAUAGUUUCUAUUCUGUAAUGUUUGGUAAAAUUUAAAGAAACUAUAGUGUUUUAAUCAAAGUUUAAAGUAGAGCUAAUAUAGAGCCAUUGCAGAAGUUCUGAAUGGAACAUGCCUGUUUUUACCUUCAGUGUCCCAAGCUAAAAGGUGAAUAUAUAGACCACCCAAGGUGCAGUGUGAAUAUAGUAAAUGCAAAAAGGUAUCUUGAAAUUCUCUUUAGUAAUGGUACUUGAGAAAGAAUGGGUAUGAAGUUGCACACCUUACAUUUUCCACAAGUUUAAAAUCCCUUCCUUGUAAUUGUUCUUUUAUUUUUUAUCUUAUCCCUAAACAAGCUAGGUGUUAAAUAAAUUGAGAAAUUCCUUCCUUUUCUGUAGAUGACCUCAGGUAUGCCUGGUAGUUCCUGUCCUAAAAAAUUGUCCUGUUAGUAUAAGAAAUCAGACUGUGGACUGCCAUUAGUUUAUUCUCAGUUCUGGGUUUACUGGUCACUGACCAAAUGUAUUUUAAUUUCAUAGAAACCUCAAACAACCAAUUAAAAUAUCGCUUUGAUUUCAGUCAGCUUAUUUUCUUCUGUUUUUCAACUAAAAAUGUCUCAGACAUAUUUGCUCAUUAGAGAUUAAAUGUUAAAUAUAUGAUACUAUAAUACAUGUAUUUUUUUUUCUUGUAUACAUUUUAACAUCCUACACCAUUGCAUUGUGUUCAUUUUAUUGGAGGUUAAUUCCGUUCUGUCUAAUUCUGCAAGAUCUAAUUGGAAAAGUUAUAUAUUUUCAAGUCUUUUAUUUUUCUGUGUUUGUGAGUGUAAUAUUUAACUCAUAUAAUUCACGGUAUUACCCUGAGGUAUCACGCUACUGUAUGCCAUUUAAGCUCUUCACAGAACUGAGUGUACCGCCAUUAUACAUACCGUAUAUUUUUUCCGUUAGAACCAGGAAAGGUCCUUAACGCAGCUGUUUUGAAAAGAAGCUGAUUAUAUAUUACUCACUUUCAGCUGGUGAAGUUUUAAAGGGCCACUAAAGUCACCCAGACCACUUCAUUUGAAUGAAGUGGUCGCACUGUCUUGUCAUUUUAACUCUUCACUGAAUUCAAUGCUUUGUUAUGGAAAGCAUUUGAUUGGAUGUAUGUUAAUCUCAUCUUCAACUCUCCUCCAUGAGGAGCAAUGAAUUGGACCAUAAGCCUAGAGGCAGUACCGCCAGGAUGACAUUGCAGGAGGAGUGUGUAUCAGCAAUAAGGGAGUCUAGGUGCAGGAUUUUGGGGCGCGCUAAAACUAAUCAGACAUUAAGACACUAUAACAUUAGGAGGGUUCCUUUAACGUGGUGGGGCACUUGGCAGAAUUUCACUUAUGAUAUAUUAAACGUUUUACAUAGCUGUCAAUAAUUGUAAAAAAAAAUUUUUUUUUAAAUCUUUAUUUAAUUAAUUUAACCCUUUACCUGCAGGAGAUAUGGCCAGCACAUUGCGAAGAAAUGUGAGUGGCAUGCCCAAGGCAUUGAAAAGGUUUAACAUAUAAUUAUGUGUUACUUAGUAUGCAGGAAAUUGCUUAGGCUAUUGAGUUAUACAUUCCUGCUCUGACACAAUAAAUUAUAUUAAAUAUGGAAUUAUUACAAUUGUCAGCACAGAAAAAUCCAAUUUAAAAAAGAAGAUUUUAUGUAUAUCUCUAUGGCUUAGUGGUGUAGAGCUGUGUCAGUUUCUCUAUGUCUUAGUGGUUUUCAUGUAUGUAGCUGACUAGGAUUCAAAUCUUGUUAUGGAUAUACAAUAUUUUUUCUUUUUUUUUAUAAUUUGUGCUAAAACAGAUACAAACAAAAGUGGUUAAAUGUGUUACAGGCAGUAAAUACUUUAUUUUACAAGGAGCAAGACAUAAAAUAGUAAACAUAUUCACUCUUCAGUGUUCACACAAUAGAAAAUUAAUAGGUUUAAUAAAUGUAGUUUGUCACGCCAAGGGUGCAUAAUUUCAUUGUUGCACAAUAGAAUAUUACCAUUUAUCGUUAUUUGUGUAGUGCAUAUAUGAAUUGGCCACUUGGUUGCAAGGUUAGAUGACAGAAGGGAUAAUGUAAAUGGUAUAGGAAUGUGAAGGGGCAGAUGGUUUGCAACAUGGAUUGAUCCUUUGAUUUAUCAAAGGCUAUGCAGGGUCUGAGAUUCUACACUUGAGAUGCAUGGAUGUCUAGUUCCAAUGUAAACUAGCUGGCUUUAGCCAUAUGGCCUGUACCUCCUAAUUGAUGAGUUGAUUCAUUUGAUAUGUUAAUAGCCAUUAGCCUUGUGUUCCAGUAUCAUAUCCAAAAGAAACAUUAAUACUUACCCACAGAUUAAUAAUUAAACCUCAUUUCUAUUAUAUUUAGAAUGGGACAAGCACAAUCUUCUAAUCAAACCCAAACAUGAUUUGCGUAACUUAACCAUAGGGGAAGGGAUUGGGAUGUCCGCUAUAUUGGGUCACAAGUAAGGAGUGUGACUUAUCUAUGGAAUGGAAAAAUGGUAACAAAUUCAUAGAUGCAAUUAUUAUUUCUGUGGAGAGUACAUAAGAGAAGAUAGAACCAAAUGUUUUCAUUUGGAUUGAUGUUGGUCUGGAACACAAGGGGGUGCUCACUUAUAGUUACUAUAGGUACGCCUUAUCUCCACCUCUGGUCGAGGCUUGGUAAUCCACAGGGUAUAUAUCUAGUGAUACUGAAGUGUUUAUUGUAUUUGCUUGGGGUCAAAAUCAAAUUUUGAGUGAGUCACCAUCUUUCCUACCAGAGGCAGAAGUUUUACUUUGAAAACCUGAGUAAGUGAUUAGGACUUCUGUUAUUUUAUCCCUUUUGUUCUUAUCAGUUGUUGGUGUAAAUAACUUGUUUAUUAUCUAUUUUUUAUAUGCACUGUGACUAUUAUUAAGUUCUGCCUUUGUCUGGUAAAGAAUCACGUUGCCUGAAGAGACUAAAUAGUGUUUUGCAAUUGCAUAGUUAUUGUGCUAAGUUUUAUUUGGUGGGUUUUUAUUAUUAAGUUACCUGGAGGACCAAGGCACCCUAUUUAUAAAUUGUCUUGGUGGAGGCAGCGUUAAAAUAGUAAUAUUUGUAUUAUUAUGGUUAUGGUUAAGUGUGGUUGGUGUUAAGUUCACCACCACAACUACGUCACGCACGCUCUUGAAGUAGGGUGCGUUAGUGACGUAGUUUACCCAAGUUUCAAUACAGAUAUUUACUAAACAUAUUAAUAGAAUAUAACUGUGACAACUACAUGAAACUUAUGAAAACAAAGGAGCAGAAAACAAAACAAAACAUCACAAUGCAGGGAUUCAAUUCACAACCCCAGAAUCUGAUGUGCACAGAAUGAGCAGAAAAUGGAAACCUUAUCAUUCAGGAAUUAAACUCACAACUUUUGCGUUAUAAACUCAGUGCACAACUUUAGGAUUCCUUGUAAGUAAAGAUUUCAGUAAGACCUUUGAACAAUUAUGCACUGGGCAUUUAAUUCGACACUCAGUGGGGAUUAAAUGCAGCACCUCAGAAAUAACCUCUAUGGGUACACUGAGCAUAUCUGAGUGAUCGCUAUUGGAACAGAGUUAAAAAACAACCUGAAUUCUGAACAUGCCCAGUGGAGCUCGUCAGCUUAUCCAGACAGUCAGCAUUCAUUAUCAGUGAGUCUGUUUGUGUUGUAAUGGAAGAAGGGGAAGGGGAGAGAAAUAUAGCACUGAAGUGUUGUAUGGUGUAUCUUUACCAAUUAUAAUGGGUUUUUUUAAUUUUUUAUUUUUUUUUACUACUCUUCACAUGCUUAGUUAAACAUGGAAACGUAAGAGGCAUGUAGGGGAACAAAACUGGUGUGGACUGUCUGACAAUGAAAUUAGUUAAGGUAAAGCUGACUUUGUGCACUAUGCAAAAGUUCUUGCUGCUUCAUUCUCUCUAACACUGUGGCAUGUCACAUUUUUUCUACACUCGCUACAUACACUUUUUCUCUGUCCCAGCCUGUAUAACAGGAGCUUCUGCCUGUUAGUAAGAAGGUUAGGAGAGGAGUGGAGCCAGCGCAUCAUUAGACACAUUUAUGCCAAGCUCAAGGUGCUGUCUGCACAGUAUGUCCUUGAUUGGUCACCCUGCACGAUUGGCAGGUAGUCUGACGUGCAUUCACACCAGGCUGACCAUCUAAUUCUUUGUGCAGACACUCCCUGUUUUGGGGCAUGUUUGCCCCGUUGGGCUGUUCUGGUUACAUGAUUUACAUCAGUGGCCCACACUUUUGCCACGCCCCCCGAAAUCCUGCUUCACCAAACACUGCUGUUAGGGGGUAUGGAUUUACUUGAAAGAUGAAAGCAAGAGAUUAGCAUAGGGUAUGUGUUUUCUGAUAACUAUAUCCUGUCAGUUUCCCUCUAGCACCACCUCCACCAGAUACAUGACGCUUGGGAGGUACCUGGUUUAGUGUUUUCUGUCGGUAAGAUUCUGUAAUUAGGCCAUCAUAAUUGUCAGCACCAGGCCCACUGGGCUCUUAAUCCGGUCCUGUUAUCCGGUAUUAUUACAUGUACUCAAAUAUAUACUAGCCCUGAUUCAUUCAUUUUUCAGUCUCUGCAUUAUUGCAAAAAUAUUGUAGGUAUCCUCCCAGUUUAAUGUUUUGCAUUAAGUGUGUGUGUUAGCUCACCUUAAAUUGCUUCAAAUAAAUAUUUUGCUUAAAUUAUUCUACGGUCAAAAAUUUGAUACUGAUUGGAAUGAAGACGCUGAACUUAAAAUGUAGAUUACUCUUUGUGAUGUAGCAUGCAAAUUCUCAAUUCACAAUGAUUUUAUGCAAAUUAUGUGGAAAUCAAGAUUGAUGAAACAGCUUCCUUUGUGAUUUUGUUUGUUUGCUAUUUGCCUCAAAUAUGUAUCUAACGAGUUCAUCAAAGGUCAUGUUUGUUCUGAACCUGUAGCAUACAGCAAAGAGAAAAAAUGCAAAUAUAGUCCUAACCCAUAUUUUAAAUGAAUUAAAAACACAAGAAAAUUGAUUACGAACAAAUAAUGUUUAUCUUAAAGUGCAAAGGCAGGUACCAUUCAAUCUUUAACGUUUACAAUGUAAAUCAUCUGACAAAGGUGAAGCAGAGGGUUUAGGACAGAGGAAUUAUAUAUGGAUUGUGUGUGUGUGUGUGUGUGUGUGUGUGUACGGACAGAUAGAUUCAAAAGCUUUACUAAGCAACUUCCUAAGGUAUAACACAUAUACAAACGUUGCUGCUCUGUAGAUUGGAUAUGGAUAUUAAGAGAGCUCUCCAGAUAUAUUGUAGGUGUACUUUUCUGGCGCAGAUGCUGUUGACUAAAAUCCCAUACAAUGUAGUCAGCCCUGGAACUAAAAUUGGUUAUAUUUAUCAAAGCUUUAAUUACUACAGUGUUUUAUUGUAAAUGUGUAUAUAAUGCUAUAUCUGAAACUAUCACUCUAGACAUUUCUAUCUCUUGCUCAAAAAUUAGCACUUUGCUCUGAAAAUACACCUUUCCUGCCUAUAUGUAUGUAGCUGAUUGCUUCUAUGUAUGUGUGCGGGUGUAUGAAUAUAAGCAUGCAAUCCUGCAUGGGUAGAUUAACAAAUUAAAGUAUAUGUAUACAUAUUUGCCAGAGACCUCUCAACCCUCCCACUCAAUGGCUGUGUGUAAAUGCAUGUGUAUGUGCCUGUUUGUAGUAUGUUUAUGCCUCUGCAUGCUGUGUGUUUAUGCACGUAUAUACACUGAACAAAGUUAUAAACGCCAAACUUUUUGCCCCCAUUUUUCAUGAGCUGAACUCGAAGAUCUAAGACAUUUACUAUGUACACAAAAGGCUUAUUUCUCUCAAAUAUUGUUCACAAAUCUGUCUAAAUCUGUGUUAGGUAGCACUUCUUUGCCAAGAUAAUCCAUCCAACUCACAGUGUGGUAUAUCAAGAUGCUGAUUAGACAGCAUGAUUAUUGCACAGGUGUGCCUUAGGCUGACCACAAUAAAAGGCCACUGUAAAAUGUGCAGUGCAACUUAUGUUACUGUAUAUAUAUAUAUAUGUAUAUAUAUAUAUAUAUAUAUAUAUAUAUUUAAAUGCCAUAUGUAAAUACAUAUGAGCACUUCUGUUUCUAGUCUUGGUAUGCGUGUGUGUCUGAGAUGUGCUGUGUGAAAGUAUGUGGUAAAUGUGGUGUGCAUGUUUGUAUUGUCCUGUAUAAAAUGUGAAUGUUUGUGCAUGUUGUGCCAUUGGAUGUACAUAAUAAAGUAUGCAAUUCUGUGUGAAUGCCUGACUUUAUGUGAAUACUGUGUACAUGUUAACAUGUUUUCACACCCCAACCUAUAUGAAAUAUCCUUCAUCUACUAUCUAUUUACAGAAUAUUUUUUACUAGAAGUGUGCAUAUCUCACUAGGAAGGUUGCAGGUGAAUGUGACAUUUAUAAUAUGCUGAUAAAAGUGAAAACAGAAAAAAGUGUGAAUUGGAAACAUUUUCUUACAUCGAAGUGUGCCUUAGCCCAUUAAAGUUUGUGAACCACUGGCAUAUUCUGCAUAAAAAAAAACCAAGGCUGUAUAUAUGCAUUUAUAUAUUUUUGUUCCCUAGAGAAUCAAGAACUACUUGCUGUCCCUUUAUAAGUCACCCUGUAGACAAGUUAAUACUCAUCCACCUGUCUGCAGAUUGAUAAACUGGUGCAGAUGGUUUAUUAAGCUUUUUACUUGGCUUCAGCAAGUACACUUUGUGUUCAUUUGCACAAUAUCAAAUUCCAUCACCUUUUCAUAUUUUCAAGUCAGGCCUUCGUCAGGAGUAUGUUGUUCAGCAUUCUAAAAUUUGACCCUUUAGUUAGGGUUAUUUGUACUUAAACAUAACACAUUUUUUGCUUCUUGGGGAAAAAUCGUCUCUUUACAUUUUUUAAAAUUAUGUUAACGUUUUUAUAGCAGUGAUAGGAAAACAGAAUUGUCCAUCUGUUAAUGAUCUACACUCCGAUUCAUUUUUGAAAUACAGUUUACUGUCCUUAAAAUAAAAAAGGAUAGAGAUUUUUCUCAUUCAUGGCAAGAGCAAUCCAUUCGCCGUCAAACAGUUCUGUAUGUGCCGAACUUUAAAGAAUUGCUUCACAGUGUUCCAAAACAGAAAUAAAGUUCUUAUAAGCAACUCGCACAUUUCCCUCUUGUGAUCUACCAUCUCUUUAUUUUUCAGCUUGCUCAGAUCUUACCCACUGAAGAGAAUUUCUUACUGUUUUUUCGACAGCAGUUGAAGUCAAGUGAGGAGUUCAUGCAGGUAUGUCAAGUCAAUGUUUGAAGUCUACAUGUAUCUGCAAGGUCUUAUGUAAUAUCUCCACAGUGCAACUUAUGGUACUUAGAAAGCUAAGUCUGUGUUAAGGUUAUUGCUUAUGAAGUGUUAUUUUGGCUUAAAAGGUCACUCUACUGACUAAAUGGGAAAAAAAUGGCCAAAUCACUGUUUAGCAGAUAUACCCCCAAUGAAUACAUGCAUCCUUUUUUCAUACAUGUGUUUAUUAGGGGUACAUCUGAAAGGAAUUUGCAAAAGUUUUAGCAAUCUCCAACUCAGCUGAAAUGAACAUUAUUCUUUUGUUCAGAUUGACAUUUUUUGUAUCUUUCCCAUUUUUACUCAGUUAUGUGGAUCAAAGUGACAACACUGCGCUGUAGUGGUUAUGGUGCUUAGAGUUCCCCUUAAAUCUUCACACUACCACCUUUGCUUUGAGAGAUAAAGAUUGUCCACAUUGCUGGUUUAUAGGUAGCCAAAGGACGUGUUUGUUUUAUUUCAUUAAAUAUUUUUAAUUAUUAUAGAUUUUUGCAAAAAGCAGGCAAACUUGAAUUCCCUUAACAUUUCUCUUGCUGUGCAUGUCUGGAGGCAAAUCAGGACAUAACUGCAGGAUUAGUCAUUAAAAUCUGAAUAGGCCCGUACCAAAUGGGGCAAAACCACAGGUGGGAACAGAAGUUUGGACAUGUCAUUGUAACCCCUUAUUGAAUGCCUGCCCCUAUUUACUGCCAAUGGGAGAUCUUUUAAUGAUCACUCGAGAUAUUUUGCAGACCUUUAGCUGCCUGGUCACCCAGUUGCUAUAUAUACAGUGAGUAGAUCCCGGCUGCUCACUAUUUAUAAACAUGGCCCCAUGCGCAACAUGGCGUGUGGGGGAAACAGGGAGGUAUUAUAGCUCAUUAUACUGAUAUGGGUGUCGUAUUGACCACCAUAAGCUUUUAUUUAUUUUUUUCUUCACUUUUAAAUGUGGCAUUGGGCUAGCAAGAGAUGGCCAUCUGUCACAUGAUUAAACAUCGUUUUUUUAACUAGUGACUGCUAAUGCUGCCAAUGGGAUAAUAGUACUUCAAAUUGUUAUUUGCUUGCAUAAAAGCAAGUGAAAGAUAAUUUGCGAAUGUGCAUAGUGCUGCAUGGAUUUGGUCACUAUUUAGUUUAUAAUUGUACAUUGUACAUUUACCAGAUCUUAUAUUUUUUAUAGGGUUCAAGUACUGAUUGUAAACCAGACACCAAAUGCAUCAGGCUGAUUGUUGUCCACUUAGUUGAGUUGACCAAAUUUGACCGGAAGUAUCUUUAGUAAAUAUGAGAAUUGGCCUUUUUGGUCAGAAUGUUCACCCAUUUGCACCAGAUUUUGUCCAUCCAGAUUUUAACACAUAUCUGCAUACCAUUGAAUAAAGGCCUUUCAGCCACUUCUUAUUCUUAAGAUCCAACCACUCAGAUUUGUUUCCAAGCUGAAUGAGCACAUUCAAUGUAUUUACCAAAAUAGACACCUAACUUUUUUUUAGUAAAUCUAUAAAUUGCAAUUACAGCAAAAGUCUAAGGAUUUCCAACAUACUUUUAAUACUCUUGGGGUCUAGCCAGAGCUUAGGCAAUACCAUUUUAAGAAGAUAUGUGCAUUUUUCAUUCUGUUUGCGUAGAAUGAUGCAUUUUAUGACCUCUGCAAAGUAUAUCAUGUGAUUAUGUCUACAGAUCUCAUAUUCUCUGUAAAAUAGUAGAAGAGUUUUUAAGUGUUGAACUUUUCACACUUCACAAAUAUCCUCCUUACGCCUCCCUCUUGUACUGCAUGUUAUCACCAAAUCUUCUGAUUUAUUAUGAAGUUAAGAGUGUUUUUCCUUUGCAGACAUGGAGGAGAUAUGACACCGAUCACAGCGGUUUCAUAGAAAAUGAUGAACUAAAGGUAACACAAACAGAACUGUAAAAUUUAUAGUUAUGAAAACAUUGUUAUGCUUUCCAAAUUUAGCUUCUUGAAUUUGAAAUUUGUUUUGCGAGCGCUCAAAGCCUAUACUCUAUUCUGUAUAUAUCAAAGUGAAUACUAUAAAGGUAGAAAGGUACAUACCUUUUUUAUGAAUAUAGAGCUACUGAUUGGCUUAGCGCUGCAGCAGACUGAUCUACCAAUCCACAGCUCCCCUUCCUGGUGGCACUCCAUGCUUCCCAAAACUCAAUUUUAGGUGCCGGAUGCCACUGGGCAAAAUUUAAUAUGUGGUGCUGGAGCAAAUCUUUGGGGGUAAACCAUUCGAGAAGAAAGUGCCCAAGGGCCUCUGGCACCAUAACAGCCUCAUGUAAAUUAAAUUGUUAUGGUGACUGGAGUGUUCCUUUAAGAAUUAUCAAAGAGCAAAUUAUAUUAUAUAUUAUUUGUUUAAACAUUUUACAAAUUUGCUGGCCAUUAAGUGAAAUAUGUUAUUAUUAUUAUUUUGUUGAAUAAUUUCAGAAUCUCCAUAUUGUAUAAAGGAAUUGGGGGUCAACACAUUUUCCCCUCCUCUACCUGUCACAUCUGUUCCUUGCAGUAUUAGAAAAUGAAACAGAGAUUAGACAUUUAUUUUUGGAUGCGGCUAAAAAUUCAUUGGAGGCUGUGUAUUCUUAAACCCUGAAUUUAUAAAAAAAAAAAUUAUUUCUAUGAACAUACACACAGAUUUAAUCGAAGCAUCUGAUACUUUGUGUAAAGCUACACUGGUAGCACUGUGACAAAGCAAUGCAACCAACCGUAUACUGACAUCAUCUGUCAAAGUCAGUUGUAUAUUUUAGCAUUUUGAAAGAAAUUCAAGAAUAAUACAUUUUGUCUGUAGAAACAGGUGAUUAGUAUACAGGAAAGAUUCAUAGAAGUAUUUUUUUAUUAUUUUUUUUUUAAUAAAGAACCUUACGGAUCAUGGAUCGUUCUUUCAUUAGUAGAUUUACAAGGAUCUUUAAAAGUCUAUUGAUUACUUUUUCCAUAAAUGUUCAAGAGAGGAUAUACAAAAAAACUAAAAAAAAAAACUAAAGAACAUACCAAUUGGAAUUUGUUGGCGCUUUAUAAAUAAUAAUAAUAAUAUAACAAUUACACUACUGAAGGAACACUCCCCACCAAAAAUAGAAGGGGAAAUCACUAUUUAGUACAUAUAACAAAAGUGAAAACAUGAACACAUUAUUUGCUGCAUGUUGUGAUUGGAGGGUGUAUUUAAAAAGAGAUUGCACCUCCCCUUCUUCCCUUGAAGAGACAGGUUUGGAAAGCCUCCAUGAUAGCGCACGUUUGCUCAUGCGCGCACACACUGCAACAGAGUUCAGGAAGAAUGCGGAUCUGAUGUGAGAUCUGUGAGGAGGAAUGGGAGAGAAAGCAGGAGCACUCAAGUAUAGCACAUCUGCCACUUCGGUUAUCUCUCCUGAGGAAGGAGGAAGCAAACCUGUGUUUCAUCAUUUAAUUAUUAGGCUGCUGAUUUCUCAUGUAAAUCAUCGAAACUAGAAUGAAUAUAGAAUACCUCUCACCAAUAAAGCACUUAUGGUUGGUCCUUCAAUGGAGAAUUUAUAGAGAUGUUUUUGAUAACUUUACCUGUGUCUAAAAGAUCAUAGGAUCCAGGAAGCCCUAGAUCCUAAAAUAUUACUCAUAGUAGCCAAAAUAUAGAACUGUUAACCCCGUAAGGACACAACUUCUGGAAUAAAAGGGAAUCAUGACGGAAUAUUUCUGUCGUGUCCUUAAGGGGUGAAAUCCCUUCUUUGGAUCAAACAAAAUAAAUGUGGCUUUGCACGCAUUUUUUAUGGACUUAUUAAUACAUUUUUUACAAUCAAUUUUAUAUCAAAAGCAAACACUAAAUAUUUCUAAAUUUUCCUUUUUUUUUUUUUUUUGUAUUUUGACAUUUGUGAUCUUUUUCCGGUUAUCUUUUGGUUGCUCUUUGAAAAGCAAAUAUUUCAUUUUAUUCUGUUCUGAAAAGGAUAGAACGUAACAGGCUUUGCUGAUACUUCCUUUACCUUUAUGUCAUGUUUGCUGUACUGUGCUUGUUCUGCUUUUUACAUGGUUAUUUUUCCUUUUAUUCCCUCUAUUAUGUCUUAAUAGAACUUUCUUAAAGACUUGUUAAAGAAGGCCAACAAACCUUUUGAAGAAUCGAAACUAGAGGAAUAUACCCAAACAAUGGUAAGAAUGGCCCUUAGCAAUGAUUAGCAAUGUAGAAUAAAAACAAUUGAUUUGUCCAAGGUGUUUAGUCUUACGUUAACAUCAGCCCUCUGUCCACCACUCAACUGUUUCAAUUUACUUAUUGUGAUAAUCUGCACAAACUGUAAUAUUUUUCCUGGAGGGUUAUUCCACAUUCCUGUUAUAUGAGCAUUGGGAUUUGGGGUAGUGCAUAGGUAACUUUUUUGGUUUUGGUUAAUUCAUAUAUCCCGUACUAUUUCACUGAAAAAAUACAUCAUAAAUAAAUUAUGCAAUAUUGAACUCCUUAUUUCGUGAAUUUCCUAAUAAAGUUAUGCUAAAUUAAGGAUGAUUGAGUAUUAUGAAGAUCCUCAACAUGAAUAUCUUAUAGAGCAAGGGUAGACAGCCUUUGGCACUCCAAAUGUUGUGGACUACAUCUUACAUGAUGCUUUUAUAGCCACAAUGCUGGCAAAGCAUCAGGGGAGAUGUAGUCCACAACAUCUGGAGUACCAAAGGUUGCCUAUACCUCUUAUUGGGGAUAGAGCAAUACCCCCACUCAUGUGUUCCUAUAGAGCCCUAAAUGAGCUCCACAGUACUACAUGGUAUUCAACUGACUAUAGCUCAGUUUCUUGAAUCUGGUAUUGUUUAUCACCAACAUGGACACAGACCUGUAUGGAUCUUAACAUGUAUAGCUUGGAGGAAAGACAAGACAGGGGGAUAUGAUAGAAACAUUUAAAUACAUAAAGGGAAUCAACACAGUAAAGGAGGAGACUAUAUUUAAAUGAAGAAAAACUACCACAGGAGGACAUAGUCUUAAAUAAGAGGGGCAAAGGUUUAAAAAUAAUAUCAGGAAGUAUUACUUUACUGAGAGGGUAGUGGAUGCAUGGAAUAGCCUUCCAGCUGAAGUGGUAGAGGUGAACACAGUGAAGGAGUUCAAGCAUGUGUGGGAUAGGUAUAAGGCUACCCUAGCUUUAAGAUAAGGCCAGGAAGUGAAAUUAUUUAAAAACUGGGCAGACUAGAUGGGCCGAAUGGUUCUUAUCUGCCGUCACAUUCUAUGUUUCUAUGCUUCCUACAAGAUCAUGCUUCAUUUACUUAUGGAACAUAACAUAAGAAGAUCAAAAAUGUUAAUUGUAGGACAGACAUUCCCAAACUACAAUUUUGCAGCUCAAAAGAGCUUAAUGUAAAGGCUAAUGUGAAAGAAACAAAUAUAAAGGUUAAGCCAGGCUCCCUGAGCUUAAAUGUGGUUUAGGACUGUUGGUCCCAUAAUAAAUAUUUAAAUCAGUAGCAUCUGCUUGUCUUGCCUGAAUAUAUUUUAGUUUAUGAAGUAGAGGAUACCUGGUUCCAUCAUGACCAUCAGGGUAGAAGGACCCACCAGGAUGUUUUUCGCUUGUGCAACAUUUUCCUUGUUGUGUACGCUCUCUCUUUGAUAAAUUGAUAAAAUUUCAAUCUUCAUGAAAUUAAAUACCAACACAUAAACAACCCAUUACUUUUUAAAAAGUGCUGUUACGAGGCACCAAAUGUUGUAUUUUGCAUACCUUUAUUCUGAGUAUGUCAAACGUUUUGAAACAAAGUCCAUUCCCUAAAACAAUGACGGUGGCAAAUUGUUCUGGUAAAAGAAUUUACUUGCAUAUUGUGAAGAAACUAUAACGUCACCACCAUGCCACACUGUUUUAUUAAACAUGUUUUGGAAGGGACUGACUGAUCCAUUCUUCACAUAAUGACAGAACACCAUAUACAUAGGUCUGAGAACUGGAUUCUUAGAAAAGUUUAAGAAAUAUAGUCCUCUACUGUACUUUUUUUAUGACUGUAGAGUGAACUACAGUCACGACAGGUAAAUGUCCUUCUUUGUUAGAAAAUUUUCCAACAUCUAUAACAUCUACAUGUUAGAGUACAUUAAUGCUGAGUGACAAAAAAAAUAAUUUUCAUGGAGCCGAUAUGAAAUAUUAAAAAAUUCAAGCUGACACAUUCAUUUGGUCUGUUCAUUAAAUGGACCUCAUCAUACGGAUAAAAUGAUAUAUUAUGGGCAACCAAGUUUAAUAAUAGUAUCACAUUUAUAGAUUUAGAAGUGAUCUGCUAUGCAUGUGCUAAAAGUUAAUAGAGGCAGUCAGAAAUGUCUUUUAUACAGCCAGCAGCUCCAAAGGCAAAGUCAUUACGGGCUGUUAUAUUCUCAUCUGAAAGGCUCACUCUGCUAUUAUUAAGUGCCCUAAUUCUUAAUGAGUAAAAAAUGCAUGUAAUAUGGAAGAGAAAAAAAAACACAGGAGACUCGAGAAGCAUAUUGUGUAUGCUUUCAAAGGAACAGCAUAAUUUAACACAUGAUACCCGUGUGCUUUAUUCAAUCUGGCAAAGUCCCACUUUUUAAUCAUAUAUUAUACCUUUUCGUUAAAUACAUUUCAUUAGAGCUGUGCCGGCUUUAUUUAUAUUAGGAGUAAAACUUUUAUUUCUAUAAUAGUGUAAUGCCGUCUCCACGAGAAUAACUGUCAGUAUUAUAUAUCUUGUAAAAUAGUCUUUUCUCACAAGGUUUUUCCUUCAUCUUUGUAUUUAUUGAUAUUCUGAAAGUUUGCUAGUAGUUUUUGAAAUUGAAUUAGUCACUGGCUCCUCCCAAAGCUGCAGACCCUUGUGAAAAAAGGGCAGUACCGGGUUAAAUCAGGGCAUGUUGGCCUCGUAAAUGGUGAAUAAAAAUCAUUUCGGGAAUAAGUAGUGGGCUUGUAGUGGGCCUUAUUUGCAAAUUUUCAGAGAGGGUCUGAAAGAUUACCGAAGAUAACUAAAUACCAUUUUCGUCAGAGCCUCCCACAUGUUUUUCAUAUCUCCCCCAAUAAGUUCAUCUAUAUUUAAAAUCCUCUUUUACAUCCAUUUAACUGCAGUCUCCCAGGCCAUUGUCCUUCCUUCUGUCUAUUUAUUUGAAACAUCUUUCAAGAAUGUUGGAUCUUUAAAAGUAUCUUCAUACUUCUGCCUGGUGCAGGAAUGGUUACAAUUUUCAAACACGAUACAAAGUGAAAAAAUGUAAUUCUGGUUAAUAGCUAAAUCCUAUUUUACACUUGAAAGGCAUCCACACCUUUUGUUGUAGCAGAUUCUGAAAGAAAUUGAUGAUAAUAGCAUAAUCAUAGAGGUAUUUAGUAGCAUAACUAUCAAACAUAAAGAUGAUGAUUUGGCUAUAUAAUUUUAAUAAUAUGAAUGUGAUAAAUUACUAAGUCUAAAUGGAAAUAAAGUACUAAAAAUAUACCUUUCUGAAGUGCACAAUGUUUAUAAAAGUGGAAUAUGGUUAUCAAGCAGGUAUAUAUCCUUAUUAGAAUGUGCAAUGCUAUAUUUUAUUUGAUGGAUACAGGUUUAUAAUAAUGUAUCCUAUCUCCGUAAUCUGUUGAAUUCUUACUAUGAAUUUAAAUUCCAUUGUAUUUGUACUACAUACUACAUACAUACAAGGGAAAUAUUGAUUUUGUUUUAUAUAUUUAUCUAUUUAAAAAUCUCUCCUACCAUUUUCUUCAAGCCAUCAUUGGGCCUCAUUCUAUAGUAUUCUCUACCCUCUCCUUUACUGUACAGAAAUAUAUAUAGAAAAUGGCUGGUUUUAUGGUAUGUUUAUUAGUCUUUAGUAGUGAAUGGGUUAGUAUUUUCUUUUCUGUGUCAAGAUGGAAGUCAUUUAGUUCAAAUCAGUUGGCUGCAAUUCAUACAAGAAUUGCCCUGGUUAUCUUUAUAGCAGAGAUAAGUUAGAAUAAAUAAUGGUUGCUACAACAGAUGACCCCUGAUGGAGCCUUGUGUUUUCUACAUUGCAAUCGCUCAUUUUGUAGUGUUAGGUUGAGUGAUAUCGCAAUAAGAACAUGAGUGUCUACAUUAACUGCUUUGCAUUACAGAAACAGGAUGGACAAGUUAGAAAUAAACUAAUUUAUCCAGUAAUUCCUGGAAAUUAGUUUUUGUUCCUGGUGAUAUUGUUCCAAGAGCUCCCAUGCAAUCUUCUUCUUGAAAGCUUCUGUUAGCAUUACAAUAAGAGUACAUCCUAUUUCUGAUGGAAUAGUUGGAAAAGUAUUUGGUUUAGAUUAUAUUUUCUCCAAUGCCCGUGGUACUAUACGAUAUUAUGCCCAGGGGAUAGCCAAAUACAUUGUGUUUGAUAAUUUAAUUAUAUUGCAAAUGGAAGAAAAGUCUGAUAGUUAUUCUCAUAAAAAACUAUAACACAUUUUGCAUAUACAAUUUAAAUUAAACUAUAUUACCUUUUUUUUUUUUUUUUUUUUUAAAUGUGAUGUGUUGCUCUUUAAAAUAUAACAUGUGGGUUAUUUUGGUGAAUGGAGCCUGGAGCUGAUGAAUUCUUCUGACCUUUGUCUACUAGAAAACAGAUUCCGUCAACAGAUUAUUUAUAUGAUGGUGUGGUAGGCAGAUCAACCAGCGUCUGUAGAACCUACCCUGAGACUGAAAAACCUUUGCCAAUUUUCAGGGCAAGAUUUUUUUUUUUCAUUAGGUCCCUCUUAUGAGGUCCAGCUCUCUCUUUUGAGGCCAUUAUGCUUUAUGUUCAGUUCUAUCUACCCACUUUAGUGCCAGAGAUAAAAUCUAUUACAUCAAAUAAACUACAAUACUCUAAUUCCAAUAAAUUAAAAUGAAUCAUAUACUUUUGUCAAAUUUACUUCCUAGAAACACUCCUUUAACCCCCUUCGACCUUAAGAGAACACCCCCCAAAAGAAUGAUGAUAUUUAAAAGUUGUACAAUAUCACAAAGUCUGUCUUGGAAUUUGGAACUUGGUGGUAGAAUAGAGUUCUAAUUAAUCACCAGCUGCAAUGUCUGUGAUCCUGAAAUAUCAUGCUGCGCAGUUAUAUUGAUUAUAGGUCACAAGAUGAUAUACAUAGAAUCAUAAUGAUGCAUGGAAAAAAAAGAUAUACUCAUGACUUUAUGAUAUAUAUGUAUGAUUUCUAAAGUUAACUAUCAUCUUUACAAGUCAGCGUGGGCCAUCGUUUUAUUUUAAAACUCUGACAUAUAGUUCAUUAUAAUCAUCCAUACUUUUAUCGUUUUAUUUUCAUCAUUCAUAGCUCAGGAUGUUUGAUACCAAUAAUGACGGAAAACUGGGUCUUACGGAAAUGGCAAGGUAAGAUGUAAUAUUUAAUAUUGAUUUUUUUUUGUCUUCUGUUGAUGUAAACCUUUCACUAAUUAAAGUAAUAUUAUAGUUUGCUAUUAAAGACGUGUUAAUUAGUUGUUUUGUAACAUUUAUUACAACUAGAUUUUUCUCUCUACCCUCCUUAACAUGAUCAACAGAGAACACUCAGGAUCACUACUAAAUUCCUGGAAAUUUUGGAUUAAUUUUUAUCAUUUUUAUGUGUGUUGUUGGGUUAUUUUAUUUUAAUUGUAGAUUUUAGGGUAUUGUAUUGUACAGGCCAGUUUCUACUGGCAGAGGUUAUCGAGGGUUUAUUGACAAUGUAGGAUGUUUUAAAUGUGAAAUGCUUUUACAUGUUUUAUUUUAGUUAAGACAAUGGAGCCAUUCCCUAUUUUUUUCUAUUUGAAAAUGUUAUUCAUAUUUGCAAGCAGAACCAACCAUAUACAUUACGAAGUGUGGAUGUACCGCAGCUAUACAUAUCUGAUCUAAAAGAUUCUCUCUGUAUAUGCUGUUAAAUCACACAUAAAACAAAAGCGUAAAAAGAAAAGUAAAAAAGACCAUAAUGGGUGUCUUAAACUAGGGGAAGACAGUGGAAGGGGAUAUGGCAUUGAAGGAGAGUCAGUAAGUCAACAGCAUGGAGGAAAUCAAAAACUAUUGUAGGUGGGAGACCAAAAACACCUCACCUAGUAUAUACCUUGGACCACAGUAGCAAGAUAUUACAUUUAAGAGCUUUUAAUUCCAUCACUUACAUAAUGAUCUAGUCUUUGGCAUCUCUCUUUAUCCUUUUUUAAAAAAAACUCUUCCCACAUCUUACAUAUAUCUUGGGUCACCUGCCCCACCCAGAGCUAGUCCAAGGCCAUCAUCUCAUAUUUGCAAUUUAGAGAGACUUGCAAAAUUAAUUCCUCUGUAGUUGGGACAACAAUAUUUUUCAAUUUUGUAGCAAUCAGUAAAAUAGCAGCAACCAGAAUUUGGGCCUCUACUUUUUUUAAUAUUCAGACUAACAGAUGGAGCUAAGGAUAUAUAAUUAUUGUUAUUUUGGGAUCUGAGCGGUGAGGGGAGCUUCUUUUUUGCCUGUUAAGUAUAUUAGUUUGGUGAUUUUUGUCCCCUAUUAAGUAACAUUUUACCAAUUGAAAGCAUUGAAUAAAAAAAUAUUUGAAUGAUGAUGAAUAUGGUAAAUACUAUAAAUAAGAUAUUUUAGCAGGUGUACCUUGCCAUUAUUUCAUCAUUUCUGUUAUUUGUUCUUAUUUUUCUCAGUGGUGAAUUUAAAACCUUUAGUUGUAGUCUGUAAGAGCAGGAUUUUUAUCUGACUGUUAUUGGAAAAUUAUUACGGUAUAGAAUAAAAAGAAAUAUAUUUUCUUCCCUAGACAUUAAAUUCCUUAUGGAACGUUGUGUUAUUCUAAUGAAAAUUUGUGCUUGCUUGUCUGUAUAUUAACUACAUGUGUAUUCUACAUGUCUGCAUUCUAUGCUGGAACUGUCUCCAUUAAUUAAGGGACUACAGGUGCUAAAUAUCACCCCCUUAUAGCUAUGUGUAUUUACUACUUUUCCAUCACUAUAUUGCAGUUACAUAAAUAGUUUUGUGAAAUUUCAAAUGUAAAUGAAUUGUGUCUCUGUGUGUCUCUGCAAACUAGCAGCUCCUCAGCUGCUAGUUGGUUGUUUCUUCUUAUGUUUGUUGAUUUCAACAAGUUUCCAUUUCUGAGCCAAUCAGAGUGAAGCAAUGGUUUUGUAUGAGGACAAUUAGUGCAUUAUCAGUGUAGUACAGAUUUGGGGCAAUAAAAGUCACAUUGAACUGUACACAGAAAACUUCUGAAAACUGAACCACUGCUAGAGAUCACUGGUCAUAUUCUGAAUAUUCGUAGUUUUUACAUCAAUAUCAAACAAAAUAUCACUUUUUUUUGUCUUGCCAGAUAUGUUUCAAGUGAUUGUCACAUAUUAGCUGCAGUAUAAUUUCACCCCUGCCAUGCUAAGGGUUAAUGCCCAAUAGUUCUAGUAAGGCAAACUAUAAACAACAUUUUCAAACAUAGCUUGAAAUGGAAAACUGGUUUCAAGUUUAACUUCUGAUUCCAUACAUUCUUGGUGGAAAUUAGCAAUAAUAUUACAAUCAUUGCAUUCCCCUUCAUAGUUAUUAAUGAAAUCUUGCUGUACAUCCAAAGUUAAAUAGCAUUGAGCUAUGAUACAGCAUAUCUUUAAGGGCAAAAUCUAAUAUACAUGUAUAAGUUGUGUUGGUGCCCAUGCUGUUCCUUUAAAUGAACCCCAUCUCUACCAAAUUUGUGUAUAAAGAUGUUUUUAAGUUUUAUCCCAUAAAUCCCUACUUACUUGGAUGAUUUACCCUGAAGAGAAACAAAUAUUUCCAUCAGGGCUCCAUCCUCUCCCAGUAAAGGAAGAUUCAAAGAACAAACCAUUAUCACUGCAUUCCAUAAGUUGUAGGGGAGGGCUCUGAUGUCACUAAGAGCACUACAGGGAUUCAUGUAGGUAUGUUAGUAAGUUGUAAAUCCCUGCAUUUUACAAACAGAUGAUAUAUUCAUACCUAGUGUAUGUGAGCAUUAUGCUCAAACACAGACUUUAGUUUCACUUUCUGCUGGCAUCUCAGGAAGCUAAUAAUUCUAAAUAUUCAUAAGUAGGGUAUAUGGCCAUUUAUAUAUAUCAAUAAUGUCAAACCAAGGGCAACAUAAGGAAUUAUCAGGUCAGUAAGUUUGAAAUGGUCUGGAUGCCAUCAUUUGUAACUAUGGGACAACACCCUCCUGGUAAAAAAAAAGGCAGGGGUGGGGGGAAAGGGAACCUGCAAACUGGACAUUCAAUACAUUUAACACAAGUCCAACCACAAUAUAUAGAAACUCCAAAAUCUUUACAACUAUCUGGAUAUUUAGCCAUAGUAUACGAGGAGUCCGGUUUCAACCAUAAUAGAGUUCAGUAGGAAGGAGGCUGGCCUCCAACCUCCUCUGAAAGCCAUAUAGUUUCAGUUAAGUUGGUAUUAAAUAACGUCAUAGUGCAGUUCCAUUGGGCGGCCCUCGGAAGUUGGGAGAGCUCCUGAUAUUGUAAAUCUUUUAUUUUUUCAAUUACUAUGUUUAUUUCCAAUUGUGGGUCAUUAAUAUUUGAUCUAUUAAAGCAAAUAUGAUCUAAAUAUAGUUUUUGAUAUCAUAAGAAAUCAUAAUAUAUCAUGAAUUACAAAUCAUAAAACAAUAAUUUCUGUAAACGUGCUAUUUAUAUAUAUAAGAAAAUGUGCAAUAUAGGAAACAAUGAGGAUGGCUAACAGACAUUUACAAAACACCUAAGAAAAAUUUAAUUUAAAUUCGGUUCAAAUCUUUCUUUUUAAACACAAGUAAUUCGGGUGAUAUAUGUGGAGCAUUUAGAAUAUUUUAACAAUAAACCAACAGGCCAUUUAAAGAAUGAGAUGGUUCCAUGCUGUGUCUAGUAAUUACUGUUUAUGAAAAAAACCCUAAAUGGCUCUCGAGGAAUUUGUAAUCAUGCUGUUUGAAACUUUAAGUGCCUUUUUAUCGUUUCAGCGUCCAUGUGAGCAAUGCUAAUUUCCGUUGCUUUCUUCCUCCUCAGCCAUAUCACCCAUAGUCUAGUACUUUUAUUACUGAUAUGAAGAUCAUUUGAAUUGCUUUCACAAAGCUUUGGAGGACGCUUGUUUCUAUAAUAAAACAUUGAUUGCACUUAUUGCAUAUUGUUAUUGUUCGUCCCAUUUGUUUGUCCUUGUGUAAUGUUAGUGUACAUUAGAAAAACUAUGUGGGCCCUUGUACUAUACGAACCUCUUCGAGAACUAUCUUUGUGAGAUAACACUAACAAGUGUUUUUAAAAGCGUAUGUUUGUUAGCAUUAUUGAGUGUUGGCCAGUAUUGUUUAAUAAAUAUGGGCCGGUAUGGUGAGAAUGAAUUUCCUGGGAGUCAAGUAAGCAUGGUAAAGCCAUGAAUUCAGAAUGAAUUAGUAAUUGUAAUUAUUGUGCAGUGUAUAUAAUUCUAAUAUACUCACAGCAGGUGUUAAGCAGCCACAGGAGCUCUCCCAGGGCUAAAUCAAUGGCAGUGAGUUCUGACAACCUCGAAAUCUCUUUAUUUUAUAAGCUUAUGCUAUUAGAGGUUAAUCUGUACCUUCCCUGACUGCAUAACCGUGCUGGCAUUUACAGACUUUGAUUCACAAGCUCACUUAGGUACAAACACUGGUCUUAGAAACACAAGCCUACAUUACUAGAAACUAGUAUCACAAACUGAAAGUGCAAUAUCUAGAAUGAGGAGACAUUAAGCACACUCACACAGGUUGUGACAGAAAUUAAGCUUUGAAUAUAAGGGAACAUAAAGCAAAUUCACUAAUUAUUGUAAUAUACCCACUGAAUGAAAUGCAGAGCUGUCAGAUCAUCCCGACUUUUAAUUCUUCACCUACACUUGCACUCUUUUUACUUUUGGACAAAUAUAACCCUCCUCCAAAAACAAUACUAUUUUCUACCCAUUCUUUGGAUGUGUAUUUCUAUACACUUUUGUAUUUUUGCAAAUUUUGUCAUAUUUUGACAAAAUCAUGUUUUAUUUUUGCCAAGGGUGAAUAAGAGAAAGAAUUGCCAACAUAUAAUUUUGAUUUUUCAAGAGGUGGAUAUUGGGGUUUUAUUAUACAUGCAUGAUGUCACACAUAACACAUCCUACAAGGGAUUUAGAAUGUUGUUGAUUGCUAUAAUAAGUAUAAAUUAUCUAUGUGCACUUAUGGAUUCCUCAGGCUGUGGGACUGUGUAUGAAAGGAACUCUCAGCAGCAUGUAUCAAUCAAUACCGCAAGAUCAAAAACAAAUAAUCAUGGAAUUUGCUUUGAGAUUCCUGUAAUGAGAAUGUAAAAACCUUCAUGAUUAAAUAAAACGUGUACAAAUGCUUCAUAUUCUCGUGAGUGCUUUUCAUGCAAAACCCCACAGUAUGAAGUGCAAAUAGCAAUGUUCUCAAUAAAAUAUUGUAACAAUCAACUAAGUUCCAAAACUGCAUGGAAAUUAGAUUAUUAUAAACUAUGUGAGUAUGGAUUUGGUGCAUCAUAAAGAAAAUAUGUAAAUCUUGUACCCCCAGGUUAUGUAUGAAUAGUUACGGAGCCAAGUUCUAAAAAUUGAAUGUUACUGUUGAUUACUCCACUGUCAGAACUUUUAGUACUUUGCUUGACCUUAUUUUCUAUACAUGACCUCUAUUGGGUUGAUUAUUCCUUUAAUAUUAAUAUAUUGGAUUUGUAAUUUCAUUAUGAAUAAACGCAUUACUUUCUUGUAAAAUCAUGUUGCCGCAAAAAACAUUAAAACACUCAAGUGUCCUCUAAAUCCUUGUACACCCCUUAAACAUAUGUUGCUGCGAUCUUUGGGGAAAAAAUAGCUAACCCCUUUCCAACUGAUAAUUGAAUAUAAUCACCAUGAUGAGUGCCUGGCGGCUGCCCGCACCUCUACAAUGGUUGCUUUAAUUUUCCAUGCUAAUUACUUUAUUGGCACGCGUGCCUAAGGUGAUGUUAAAUUUGGCUUCAUUUUCUUCUUUUAUUAGAUUUACUAAUUAGUAUUCUAUGUUUCCCCAUAGGUUACUUCCUGUGCAAGAGAAUUUCCUCCUAAAAUUCCAGGUAUGAGAAGGAUUUACUUUAAAAGAAUAGCUUCUGGAAAAAAAAAUCCUGUAAGUCUUACAAAAUUAAAAAUGUUAUCUUUUCAGGGUGUCAAAAUGUGUGGAAAGGAAUUCAAUAAGGCAUUUGAGUUAUAUGAUCAGGUAAGAUUGUGACUACUAACACUACUAACUGUUAAAGCUAUAUGAUUAGAAAAUGUGGGAUAUAUAACAGGGAAUUAUAUAUUGGUUGUAUGUAAGUCAAAUAGAAAUUAGUGUUUUGUAUUUUCAAUAUUUUGCUUAUUCUUAUAUUCUCUGCAAUGCCUGCUAGCCAAUCAGUAUAUGUUUUUCAACAACAAAAUAGAGUUCUAUACGGGGUGUGGAGCACAACAGCACACAAGUAUGGGUGCCAUUUCUCCUAGCUCCAGACCUUUUAAACCCAAUCUGAAUGAUUGCAUUGACUAGUUACCUCACCUACCUGAGACAUUGUUGGGGUUCCACUCGGGAUAGUACAAGGAACAAACGGAAGCCUUUCAUUUUCUCUACAUUCGGCACUAGACUCCUAAGGCCCAGCAUGCUGGUGGCUUUAGAGGACCGGCCAAAUCUCCUCAAAUCUACACAGGUUGGAGUAACUACUUACCUGCCCACUCCCCCAAGAACUUUGUAGAAGAUACCAGAAACCUCCACAGACCUCCACUAAGGAGACUUGUGACAUCGGUCAGAUGCUCCAGUGUACUCUGUAUCACAAGGCUACGAGCUCAGUAGAUCCUGAGGCCUGUAGUUCCCCACCAGAUGAAGAUACGGUGGAUAAAGACCAACCUUUAAUACAUAGAGGUCGAAGCUAUAAUGGAACACAAUGGCAACAACACAGCUAUUAAGCAGGAUAUUAAACAACUAUUUGCAGACAUGUAGAAGCUAUUUGCAGCCGGGUUGGCUGUUGUGAAGGCAGAGGUUCAAACUAUGACAACCUGAAUAAAAUCUAUAGAAGAAGAUGUCCUCACCCUUAGACAGGAACUAGCUGUAUUGGAGGAAACAGUUCAUCAAAUACAGGCCUACUCAAGCCAUUAUUUCACUUUGCAUUGACAACCUAGAAUAUAGAGGCAGGUGAAAAAAUAUUAAAAUCUGCAGAGUUGCAGACUCUUUUGCCCCUGAAGAGUUACUUAAUUUUAUGUAACAACUGAUAGCAUCAGUAAUCCCUGCUAGGCUGGCUAAGCAAUUUCUAUUUGAUAGAGUUUAUUGGAUAGCUAAAUUCCCUCAGGCACACAAUAAUGUCUCUCGAAGUGUCAUCUUGAGAUGCCAAACUUACAUGGAUAAGCAAUCCUUUAUGUCUAUUAUGCAAUACAAAGCACCUUAGACAUAGACUUAUCAUCUUUUAAGAUAUUAGUAGAUCAACUUUGCUAUGGCAGUGAUCCAUGCACCCCAUUACAAAAAAACUCCAAGAAGUUAACCUUGCUUGCCCUUGCUUACCGUGCGCUGUCUUGGUGACUAAAGAGGGGAGGACAUUCAAGGCUAUACACCAACGGAGGCUACUACUUUUCCUAUGACUCUGGACCUGGCUGAUCCCUCUUCUGAAUGCCCCAGAUCUACUCCUACGCAUUCCUAGGAUGUCACCAGAGUAGUGCCUUUUGUGUCUGAGGGGGAAAGGAACUGACAUAAUUGUGCAUACUUUAUGUGAAAAUUGCACUGUUUUGUAAUUUUAUUUAUAAUGUUUUAGUUUUGAUUACUGAGCAGUUGCUUCAUCCAGUGGCCCUACAGAUGUCCAUACUGACAGGACUAUUUUGCUGAAAUUUUUAGUUAGUCGACAUAGCAACAGAUAGGCAUUAUUUUCUCAGAGUGUGUGUGUGUGUGUAUAUAUAUAUAUGUAAAUAUAUAUACACCAGUUACAAAAAUCCCUUUAGUGCAUAAGUGAAAAAAAUAUGUAUACAAAUGUAUACUUAAUCAGUUUUCUUAGUACCACACAAUACAUAUAAGAUACCUGCAAAAAUAGAAAAAAUACCAUAUAGUGUGAACUGUUAAAUACAUAAGGUUAAAGGAUAGGGUGUAAUAUCACUCAUAUGCUUCAGAGCAGUGCCAGGCUCUGUAUAUAGGGCUGAAGGGUGCCAAUUCUGGUUACAAGAUCCAGUACCAAAGAAGAAAAACAGGAGAAUCCAGAGGAUUCACAGAAAAUAUUUAUUAAGCAAACAUAAAAUAGUCUCUUGGUACUAAAAACAAGAAUGGUUAUAUGGGUUUAAAAUAUAAUUUAAAAUCCCCUUCACCACCUAAUAGUAACCAAGGAUAACAAGCAGAAAGUAUCUAUACACAAGUAUAUUAGUAUACGGCAAAUGUGUUUCAGCUACCAAAAAGCCUUUUUUCAGUGCUGACUUAUUCCUUCCAUAUUGAGUUUUUUACAUCUUCUACAAAUAAGACAUAAAUGUUUCCAAUUUCUGGCUGUUCAUUGUUGGCACAAUGUCAUUCCCGUCUCCUUUUGAUGAUGUCAUAUCCUCCAUCCACCGGUGGAACACAUUUCUGGAUUUCUGCGUCACUGGGAUCCUUAAUGUGACGCUGUGUCUGACAAGGCGUAGUUCAGGUCCCACUGGAGGUAGGAGUUUAAUAUGUUUAGUCCUGAGCAGAGUAUGAUAUUUUAGAUAAGGGCAAAGCAGUAUAAUGUAUUUUGAUAAACAUUUAUCUAAAAUAUGAACUAAUUUGGAAAGCUUAUCCAACAAAAUUAAAUUGAUGCCAUUUAUGGUUAUGGAGAGGUGAUCCGAAUCCCAAAGGAAUUCCUGCUGCAAGACCAAUGAAGGGAAACUGUAUGAGAAAUUGGUAUUGUCCGGGUUUACUGUGAGGUUUUGUAAAAUGAUUAUAUUCUUGGGUUGGCUAAUUUACCCUAUAUUCAUCAAAUUUGUUUCUUGUUUCAUCACAAUUCAUUAUAUGCUGAGAAACCCUAACUAUUUAACUUACAAGCAUAUGAUACCCUGGUAAAAAAAAAACAAAAAAAAAAACAUUAUUUAACUCAUAAAAGUCAUCCUUUUUUUUUUUCUAAAGAGGUGUUUAAAAAUAAAAGUAUUAAAAAUAAAAACUUUGGAAAAUAAAAAAGAAAGUUAGAUUACUGAGAAUGAAUAUGCAAUAUUCUAUGUAAGCCUGGAAUCUUUCCUUCUAUCUGUCAACCCCGUUCCGCAGGUUAUAUCCGCAUUAUAACAUAUAUAAUAAAUUCAUUGAAAAUAUCAUCCAACAUUCUUUUAAAGCAGAUUCAGGCAUUUUCUUUUUUUUUUUUUACUUCCAAAAGAUGGAAUAUGCAUCAAGCACUUUAAAUUCAAGUCUUUCAUAAGUCAAAUGUGCUUCAUUUAUUACCAUACAGGAUAGGAGCGGCUACAUAGAUGAAAAUGAAUUGGACGCCUUGCUGAAAGAUCUUUGUGAAAAGAACAAAAAGGUAAUCACUGACUUUAUUUUUGGAAGGGAUAAUUUGGAUUUAAAUUAGGUUUCAAAAAUCUAGCUAAUUUAGAAAGUCGGAUAAAGAGCAAACUGGCCGUAAUUUGCUGAAACACAUUAAAUCUCCUUAGCCGCAGUAAUGCGGAUGAAAAUCCUUCAGUGAAUACAUUGGUCACGGACGUUUGGAGAUGCUUUUCAAAUACUCGAAAAAAAACUUUUAGAAUGAGUUGUGCAAAAAUGUAUCGGUUGGAAAGCACUGAUUACAAACGGGUGACUUCUAUCAUAACUGGAAACAUUUCGCCUUGAUUUGUGUGUAAAUUGGGUUGAUCAUCUGGUUAAGUAAACUGGAUUACAAAGAAUUAUCUGUUCUUUAAAUAGGAGCUAGACAUCAACUGCCUUUCGACAUACAAGAAAAGUAUCAUGGCUUUAUCUGACGGAGGAAAACUCUACAGAACAGAACUGGCGUUAGUGCUCUGCGCAGAUGAAAACUAGCAACACCGAAUUCUUCCUACGUAUGGUGAUCUACUGUAUCUAGUGUGCACUUUGAGGAUUUAAAGCUCUAUCUUAGUUCUUUUUUUAUCUGUAAAUCUAACUGCAUAUAGAUAAUUAGCCAGAAUGUGCUGCAAUUUUUUUCUGUUUGUUUCUAUACUGUUUGUAAUGUACAGUUUUUGUAACUAUAAGCAAGGUGAUAAAAAAAAGAGUGUCUACAUUUAGAUCUGGAAUGUACGUUUCCGAGAUGACAUUAUAAGGAAAAUACAAUAUAGGGUUCUCUGCACUAUAAAAAAGGCAGCUACAACGCUGGGCACGCUACUAGAAUAUCGGAUAGGAGGUGAGUUAAAACAAAGGCUGGCCUUUUGAUCAGCUUCAACUCCUAUUACUGAAAGCCAGCUUUUGAUUGGCUUAAGGUGAUGGUAGUUGUUUUUCCAAAACAGUUGGAAGGUGCCAAGAUGUGAGAGCUGGUAGACUUUCAGGGUUAUUCUAUAAGAAACAGUCUAAAAACACACACAAAAAAAUAUUUUAAUUAUAUUUUUUUUCUUUUAUGUUUCGAUAACUGGUCCCCUCCACUUUCUUUAUAAUUCAUUCAAAUAAGUAAAAACCCUUACCUUGGUUCCAGCCCCAGGACAGUCUCCCAGAAGCAGCCGAUCCUAUUUCAUUGAAGUCACCAGUUCUGAUUACUUUUGUCCAAUCACGCUUUCUGGACACAUGGCACAUUUUCUAAAUAAUUUUUUUUAAAUAUUAAAAUAUCAAAAAUGUAUCAUGUAGAAAAGGUUUAUCAAUAUAACAAAAAAAACUAUUAAAACAUUAGACAAUUUAAAAUAUUUGUCAUAAUAUUAGAUGAUUUUAAAAGUUUAUCCAAAAAUAUUAAAUAAUUUGGAAAGAUUAUCCAAAAAUAAUAAAAUUAAGGUCCAUGUCUGCAAUGUCUGUUAACACCUAAGCUUAUGUUUUUAUUUUGUUUUUCUAAAGAAACUGAGAAUAAUAUUAUGUGAAAUUAUUCAACUAGUCACUCUGAUCGUCUCAUACUAGAAUACAAUUAUACCAAAGUAAUUCACAUCACGUAUUGCAGAAAAUGUGAGAUUCAAAGUGUUUUGCUACAAGGACCCUUACAUGUUUUUUUUUGAGCGACUUGUGAUUUUUUAAAAUAAUUCACUAUAAUAGGUUUAUUCAUAACACUUGUGAAAAAGUUAUUUUGAAUAUUUUUGUCAGCUGAGCCUGAAUCUUUAGCUGUCACCUCACUGUGUAGUAAUAAAGCACCACAUUCAAUUAUGGCUGUUUUGUAAGUACUAUGCGUCUUAUGUAAUAACCAGUUAUUCAAUGAGUGUGAUAGAAUUGUAUCAUUUAUCUAUUUUGUUUGUAGUUGUUUGUUUAUGUUUAAUGGCUUGAGCUGCUGAUGACGCCAAAGGGUUAAAGGCUAUGGUGAUGACCAUGAGGCCGAAUGCCCAAAGUCAAAGCUUAAGUAAAGAACUGGCAACUACAUUUAUGAAACAAAUCAAGUGAAAAUAAAGUUUCAAAAAUACCAUUGCUUAACACUCACAAAAAUCAUAUACACAAGAUUACAAGGUUUGCAUGUAAAUAUCCCAUAUCUGUGCCUGUAAAGGUUUUUUUCAUAAAAUGCCAGUUCUGGUUAUAACCUGGUAAUUGUCAGGUUGUGGCCAUGACAGUCUCUCUAUCCCUCAUCUUAGCAAAGUUUACUGAAGCCAUACAAUUUAUUAGUGUGGGGUAUGCAGUGUAUGUAUAAGAUAUACAUACCUAUACUGAACAUCCAAGUGCAGGCACCACUAUUUAUCCAAGAUGCACCAGACAUGCACAUGUGCACUCAAGCAUCUUUUCCCACAAUAUAUAGCAUCAUGGGAAUAUUUUAUUUACAUCAUUUACAUUGUAUGCCAGGCUGUGCCUUUUGUUAAGUGCAUUUCAUUAAAAAAGAAUUGACUGGAAUGGAUACAAACAUUUUUUACAUUUAUCAAUGAAUAAAACAGAUAAUGACGAAGAUAGCUUGUUUUAUCAUUAAUGCCAUUUAAAUGCAUUAAAGUGCCCAGUUUUUACCUGAGAAGGAUAUUUCAUUCAACUAUGAUGAUGAAGAGAUUUUAGGGCCCUUGGUCCACAUAAAUAAUUCUUGUACUAAGUUAUAGGUAGUAACAUUUCCUCAAUGAAUGGCUUUUCACUUAUCCCUUUUAUAACAGUGAUGCUUUAUUCACUAAACAGAUAGCUGAGACCCAAAUGGGUUUAUUUAAUAAUCCCUAAAUUCUAGAGGAUAUAAAACCAAAUUGCAAAAUUUCAGCUAAAAUAGCAAAGCUCUGACAUCAGAUGAGAGGGAGAUUGUUUCCAAAUCAUCACUUUUUGCCAAAAUGUUGCAAUUAAUUUUUCAGUUUUGUACAGUUCAGUGUCUAGUGAAUAAUCCCCAACCUUAAAAUUUUUUGGCUGAAAUGGAAAGUUGAAAAACUCCCAAACCCAUCAGCACAGAUUUUGUUUCCUGACCUGGAUAUUUUUCCCCUUAUUUUGCAACUACGAUGGCAAUUCCAGUCUAUAAUUACCAUAAAGCGAGUUACCUCCACUGUACUUUAAAUGUCAAACUCACAGAUUAGGCAGAAAAAUAUGUGUGUAGAAUAAUUAAUUUAAAUCAACUCCACUUACUAUCUAUUUAUAAUACAAAUGCAAAUCAGAAACACAAUAUUUCAUACUAUUAACAAUGGGGAUAUUAAAACACUCUGAGGUCAUCAAACUGCAAAUUCUAGUGACUUGAAGGACUGAAUGGCAAAAUUUAGACUAAAAUAGCCGAGAUGGAUAAAAUUUUACAUCGUUAAACUGAAUUAUUUUCUCUAAUUCAGCCAUUUUGGUCUUAAUUUUAUAAAUCAUUUCUGAAUUCACCAUGAUUUGCAAUUUAGUGAAUAAACCCUCGAUGUUGUGUCUAUAAGACUUCUAUCGGUUUUUCAUUUGGCUGUUGGAAACAAUCACUAUUUAUGCAUGUUACGCAGGAAUAUAUAAUGUUUCCAUUAUUUUUCUAUAGAGAACAGCACACAGUGCAGUAAGUAUAGAUUUGUGAGACGCUUGAUAUCUAUACCUAGUGUUUCAACGUGAAUCCUUUCAAGCCCAGAAGUGCGCUAGGCUCGUUAUUGUGCAAUUUAAACGGCACAGCUCUUGUACUAAAAGGACUAAGGCAAACACAUGUAUGUGCCAAUGGAAUGUCAGACUGACUUACUGCUGCACUCUAAAACAUAUAAACUAUCCUAUUCAAGAUACUGUAUAAACGUCUCAUGCAAACAAUGUGCAGAAUGACCGACAUCAAUCCAUUUUCUAGAUAAUUUGCACUGAUUUGCAGAUUGUGAUGAUUAUUCUAGUGAACUGAUGUUUUUACACCAUGUUCUCUGUAUUCUCAAAUUAAAGACAACGCACAAAAUA